AUGAUCAGGAAGACAGGGCUUGACUCAACUACAGGCGUUGCGAGUGUGUUUGAGAGGAAAAUGGGGAAGAGAGGCACACAUUGCUUUGGCUUGGUCUUUUUCACAUUGCUCUGCCUGAUAACUGCUCAAAAUACUGGGGCGAACAUGGUAUUUUGGAUGGCUACCAUUCAAACGCGUUACUGGAACACAAGUGACAACAAAACGGUGUUACAAAGCUGUGAGUGUGGAUUAUAUGGGGCCCACUCUCCUGUCAUCUCGGCUUCCGGAGAGGUGACGCUUCCUAUUUCAGAUCCCUUAGCCUGUGGGCCCCAGACUAGCUUUAAUAGCUCAGAGCCAUGGAUAGCCCUUAUUCAGAGGGGAAACUGCACCUUCACUGAGAAGAUCCUGGCUGCUGCUGAAAGUGGAGCCGCUGGUGUGGUUAUUUACAACCUCCCUGGUACAGGCAAUGAGGAAAUCCCCAUGAUGCACCACGGUGAGUGAUGUUGUUUUUACUAAUCUCUUUUCCCCCCUAUGUGCUAGUAUACUGCAUGUGACAUUUAGUUCAGUUGAAUCCAUAGACUAUUUUGAAAGAGAGAAGAACCACAGUUUACAUCAGCUACAUGAGAGUGCAAAGGAUUUGUUUGUAUUUCCAUGAAAUGCAAAGUUGAAGUCUCCCGUGUCUUCUUUUGAAACGCAUGAACAGUUAACCAAACAACAGCCCUUCCACUUGGUAGUGCUUCAGCUUUUUUAUUUCUCUAUUCCUCACAGAAUUGCAGCCUUAAUAACUAAUGAGUGUAUUGUAAAGUAGCUUAAAGUAAAGGUGGCUGAGGGUUAAGGGAUAUUUGGUGUCUGAUUCAAUCAGUAAUAUGCGGUCUACUGAUCCACACAUUCUCUGACCUACAGUUGGAGAUAAGAUUAGGCCAUUUGGUCAAUGAUUCUCUCAUCUGCUUUGUUUCCACAUGAUACACAGCACAGCAGGCAAACAAAACCAAUGCUGCAGUAGGUGCUUAGAUAUGAUGAUGUGGGGGUAUAUGAUGAUAGCAUCAUUUAUUAAUAGCAAUCAAUAACCUAAACCAUAAAUGAUGGCCACACUGGCUGUCAUGAUUUUCUUUGUAUAGUCAUACAGUGCAGAUGCACAAUACAAAUGUGUACAAAUAGCCUACACUAGAAAAAAAAAAGAUGAGCUUCCCUGUUUCUGACAGUUUGUGCAGAAAUUAUUUGGUUGUGCAAACCCACAGUUUCAUCAGCUGUCCGGGUGGCUGGUCUCAGACAAUCCUGCAAGUGAAGAAGCUGGAUGUGGAGGUCCUGGGCUGGCGUGGUUACGUGUGGUGUGCGGUUGUGAGGCUGGUUGGACGUACUGCCAAAUUCUCUAAAAUGAUGGAGGCGGCUUAUGGUAGAGAAAUGAACAUUAAAUUCUCUGGCAACAGCUCUGGUGGACAUUCCUGCAGUCAGCAUGCUAAUUGCACGCUCCCUCAAAACUUGAGACAUCUGUGGCAUUGUGUUGUGUGGCAAAACUGCACAUUUUAGAGUGGCCUUUUAUUGUCCCCAGCACAAGGUGUUUAAUCAGCUUCUUGAUAUACCACAACUGUCAGGUGGAUGGAUGAAUUAUCUUGGCGUAGGAGAAAUGGUCACUAACGGGUGUAAACAAAUGUGUGCACAGCGUUUGAGAAAUAUGGAAAAAAAAUUGGGAUCUUUUAUUUCAGCUCAUGAAACAUGAGACCAACACUUUACAUGUUGCGUUUUAUAUUUUUGUUUAGUGUGUAUAUAUAUAUAUAUAUAUAUACACACACACACAGUGAGGGAAAAAAGUAUUUGAUCCCCUGCUGAUUUUGUACGUUUGCCCACUGACAAUGGUAGGUUUAUGUGAACAGUGAGAGACAGAAUAACAACAAAAAAGUCCAGAAAAACGCAUGUCAAAAAUGUUAUAAAUUGAUUUGCAUUUUAAUUAGGGAAACAAGUAUUUGACCCCUCUGCAAAACAUGACUUAGUACUUGGUGGCAAAACCCUUGUUGGCAAUCACAGAGGUCAGACGUUUCUUGUAGUUGGCCACCAGGUUUGCACACAUCUCAGGAGGGAUUUUGACCCACUCCUCUUUGCAGAUCUUCUCCAAGUCAUUAAGGUUUCGAGGCUGACGUUUGGCAACUCGAACCUUCAGCUCCCUCCACAGAUUUUCUAUUGUAUUAAGGUCUGGAGACUGGCUAGGCCACUCCAGGACCUUAAUGUGCUUCUUCUUGAGCCACUCCUUUGUUGCCUUGGCUGUGUGUUUUGGGUCAUUGUCAUGCUGGAAUACCCAUCCACGACCCAUUUUCAAUACCCUGGCUGAGGGAAGGAGGUUCUCACCUAAGAUUUGACGGUACAUGGCCCCAUCCAUCGUCCCUUUGAUGCGGUGAAGUUGUCCUGUCCCCUUAGCAGAAAAACACCCCCAAACCAUAAUGUUUCCACCUCCAUGUUUGACGGUGGGGAUGGUGUUCUUGGGGUCAUAGGCAGCAUUCCUCCUCCUCCAAACACGGCGAGUUGAGUUGAUGCCAAAGAGCUCGAUUUUGGUCUCAUCUGACCACAACACUUUCACCCAGUUCUCCUCUGAAUCAUUCAGAUGUUCAUUGGCAAACUUCAGAUGGGCCUGUAUAUGUGCUUUCUUGAGCAGGGUGACCUUGCGGGCGCUGCAGGAUUUCAGUCCUUCACGGCGUAGUGUGUUACCAAUUGUUUUCUUGGUGACUAUGGUCCCAGCUGCCUUGAGAUCAUUGACAAGAUCCUCCCGUGUAAUUCUGGGCUGAUUCCUCACCGUUCUCAUGAUCAUUGCAACUCCACGAGGUGAGAUCUUGCAUGGAGCCCCAGGCUGAGGGAGAUUGACAGUUAUUUUGUGUUUCUUCCAUUUGCGAAUAAUCGCACCAACUGUUGUCACCUCACCAAGCUGCUUGGCGAUGGUCUUGUAGCCCAUUCCAGCCUUGUGUAGGUCUACAAUCUUGUCCCUGACAUCCUUGGAGAGCUCUUUGGUCUUGGCCAUGGUGGAGAGUUUGGAAUCUGAUUGAUUGAUUGCUUCUGUGGACAGGUGUCUUUUAUACCGGUAACAAACUGAGAUUAGGAGCACUCCCUUUAAGAGCAAUUCUGGUUCCCCUUUACUGAGCAACUGGGGCUUAUAUAGCUUCAGGAGGAGUUGGUAAAUUGGAGACAGCUGCGUCCUGACGAGGGCGCGGUGUCAGCUCUCCAAUCAUCAAUGUUUUUCAAAUCAAUCAGCUGCUUGUUGAGGAAUUUCAGGAACCCAUUUCCUGAAAUACCUACAUGAAAAUACACAAACCACAACAUAGAAACUGGGGAACGUAACAAUCAUUAGAAAACCCUUUUGCAAUUAUGUUAGCACAGCUGAAAACUGUUGUGCUGAUUAAAGAAGCAAUACAACGGGCCUUCUUGAGACUAGUUGAGUAUCUGGAGCAUCAGCAAUUGUGGGUUCGAUUACAGGCUCAAAAUGGCCAGAAACAAAUAACUUUCUUCUGAAACUCGUCAGUCUAUUCUUGUUCUGAGAAAUGAAGGCUAUUCCAGGCGUGAAAUUGCCAAGAGGGCAUGUUUGGCAGCAUGAGUGAAGGAGGCUUUGUUGUGAAAUAGGAAGACGAUUCUAGAUCUAACUUUUGAUUGGAGAUGCUUAAUGUGAGUCUGGAAGGAGAGUUUACAGUCUAACCAGACACCUAGGUAUUUGUAGUUGUCCACAUACUCUAGGUCAGACCCGCCGAGAGUAGUGAUUCUAGUCAGGUGGGCGGGUGCAAGCAGCGUUUGGUUGAAGAGCAUGCAUUUAGUUUUACUAGUGUUUAAGAGCAGUUGGAGGCUACAGAAGGAGUGUUGUAUGGCGUUGAAGCUUGUUUGGAGGUUUGUUAACACAGUGUCCAAUGAAGGGCCAGAUGUAGCCAAAAUGGUGUCGUCCACAUAGAGGUGGAUCCGAGCGUCACCAGCAGCAAGAGCGACAUCAUUGAUAUACACAGAGAAUACAGUCGGCCCGAGAAUUGAACGCUGUGGCACCCCCAUAGAGACGGCCAGAGGUCCAGACAACAGGCCCUCCGAUUUGACACAUUGAACUCUAUCUGAGAAGUAUUUGGUGAACCAGGCGAGGCAGUCAUUAGAGAAACCAAGGCUAUUUAGUCUGCCAAUAAGAAUGCAGUGGUUGACAGAGUCGAAAGCCUUGGCCAGGUUGAUGAAGACGGCUGCGCAGUACUGUCUUUUAUCGAUCGCGGUGAUAAUAUCAUUUAGGACCUUGAUCGUGGCUGAGGUGCACCCAUAACCAGCUCGGAAACCGGAUUGCAUAGCGGAGAAGGUACGGUGGGAUUCGAAAUGGUCGGUGAUCUGUUUGUUAACUUGGCAUUCAAAUACUUUCGAAAGGCAGGGCAGGAUGGAUAUAGGUCUGUAACAUUUUGGAUCUAGAGUGUCACCCCCUUUGAAGAGGGGGAUGACCGCGGCAGCUUUCCAAUCUCUGGGGAUCUCAGACGUUACGAAAGAGAGGUUGAAAAGGCUAGUAAUAGGGGUUGCGACAAUUUCGGCGGCUAAUUUUAGAAAGAAAGGGUCCAGAUUGUCUAGCCCAACUGAUUUGUAGGGUCCAGAUCUUUCAGCUCUUUCAGAACAUCAGCUGUCUGAAUUUGGGUGCAGAGCUGGUGGCCGGGGUAGUGGUAGUCAGGUUGAAAGCAUGGCCAGCCGUAGCAAAAUGCUUGUUGAAAUUCUCGAUUAUUGUAGAUUUAUCGGUGAUGACAGUGUUUCCUAGCCUCAGUGCAGUGGGCAGUUGGGAGGAGGUGCUCUUAUUUUCCAAGGACUUUAGUGUCCCAAUUUUUUUUGGAGUUAGUGCUACAAGAUGCAAAUUUCUGUUUGAAAAAGCUAGCCUUUGCUUUCCUAACUGAUUGUGUAUAUUGGUUCCUGACUUCCCUGAAAAGUUGCAUAUCACGGGGGCUGUUCGAUGCUAAUGCAGUACGCCACAGGAUGUUUUUGUGCUGGUCAAGGGCAAGUCUGAGGAGAACCAGGGGCUAUAUCUGUUCUUAGUUCUGAAUUUUUUGAAUGGGGCAUGCUUAUUUAAGAUGGAGAGGAAAGCCCUUUUAAAGAACAACCAGGCAUCCUCUACUGACGGAAUGAGGUCAUGUUUACAGAUUUAGGGUUGUACCUGGUAGGUUCGUUGAUAAUUUGUGUGAGAUUGAGGGCAUCUAGUUUAGAUUGUAGGUUGGCCAGGGGUGUUAAGCAUAUCCCAGUUUAGGUCACCAAGCAGUACGAACUCUGAGGAUAGAUGGGGGGCAAUCAGUUCACAUAUGGUGUCCAGGGCACAGCUCGGGGCAGAGGGGGGUCUGUAGCAAGCGGCAACAGUGAGAGACUUAUUUCUGGAAAGGUGGAUUUUUUGAAGUAGAAGCUCAAACUGUUUGGGCACAGACCUGGAUAGUACGAUAGAGCUCUGCAGGCUAUCUCUACAGUAGAUUGCAACCCCACCCCCUUUGGCAGAUCUAUCGAGACGGAAAAUGUUGUAGUUGGGGAUGGAAAGUUCUGAAUUUUUGGUGGCCUUCCUAAGCCAGGAUUCAGACACUGCUAGAACAGGAUUGGUGGAGUGUGCUAACGCAGUGAAUAACUCAAACUUAGGGAGGAGGCUUCGGAUGUUAACGUGUAAGAAACCAAGGCUUUUACGGUUACAGAAGUCAACAAAUGAUAACGCCUGGGGAGUAGGAGUGAUACUGGGGGCUACAGGGCCUGGGUUAACCUCUACAUCACCAGAGGAACAGAGGAGGAGUAGAAUAAGGAUACGGCUAAAGGCUUUAAGUACUGGUCUUCUAGUGCGUUGGGUACAGAGAAAAGAAGGGGCAGAUUUCCGGGCGUUGUAGAAUAGAUUCAGGGCGUUAUGUACAGACAAGGAUAUGGAAGGAUAUGAGUACAGUGGAGGUAAACCUAAGCGUUGGGUAAUGAUGAAAGAGAGAGCAUCACUGGAGGCACCGAUUUGAGUCGGUCUCCGCGUGUAUGGGGGGUGGGACAAAGGAGCUAUCUAAGGCAGGUUGAGCUGGGCUGGGGGAUCUACAAUGAAAUAGUACAAUAAGAAAUAACCGAAACAGCAAUAAGCACGGCAUAUUGACAUGGGAGAGAGGCAUAAAGCAAUCACAGGUGUUAAUCGAGAGAGCUAAGACAACAGCUGGUAAUGGUGACAAAGUUUGGGCUGAGGCUAAACAUAAACAGGAUGCGGUACCGUAUAAAGGAACAGUCCAGCAGGCAUCAGCUGUAUAGCUGAGUUAUCAUAAGGUCCGGUGAACAGCAAUAGGAGAGUUCGGAGGUAGUUCGGGGGCUGCUACAGCACUGCCGAGCAAGAGGCAACGGCUUGCGUGUGCUAGCGGGCCGGGGCUAGCAGAUGGAUCUUCGUGGUCGACGUCGUAACGGGAAGCCUGUUGGAACCACAUCAGACGAUUUCGUCGGCAGACCAGUCGUGUUGGAUCGGCGGGGCUCCGUGUCAACACUAGGAGGUCCCGUCCGGUUGACAGAGAGGUAGAUAGCCAGGAGAUGGGCCUGGCUCGAGGCUAGCUCAAGGCUGAUUAGCCAACAACAACAUCCAUUUGGUUUUAGCUAGCUAGUUGCGCUGAUCCGGUGUUAAAGGUCCAGUGAUUCAGUGAUUCCGGCAGAAAAACCGAUAUGUUCUGGGUCGAUAACGCGCUGUGCAGACAGUGCAGACUGGCCGAUAAUAGUCCAGGCUAGAGCUGGCUGGCAGGUAGUGCAGGCCACGGACAAUGGUGAAAAAACGCUAACGGUGGCUAAUAGCAAGUAGCUAGUUAGCUGGCUACUCCCGUCCGGUAGACCGAGAGGUAGAUAGCCGGGAUAUGGGCCUGGCUCGAGGCUAGCUUAAGGCUAACUGGUGCUUGCUUCGGGGGCUAACAGCAACAUCCAUUCGGUUGUGGCUAGCUAGUUGCGAUCUGGUGUUAAUGUCCAGUGAUUCAGUUAUUCCGGCAGAAAAUCCGAUGUUCUGGGUGAAAACCGCUAACGGUGGCUAAUAGCAAGUAGCUAGUUAGCUGACUAGCUAGUUUCAACUGGAGAUUCUAGAUAAAAGGUAAGUCAAUAAUAGAAUCCGUUCCACAUUGAGUGAGGUGGGUUGCAGGAAAGUAUGUUUAGUAGAAGGAUGAAAAGUGUGAAAGGGAAAUGUGUACGAAAAAUACAAAAAAACAGGCUAUUUACACGGACACACAACAAAGAACACGACCGCACUGCUACGCCAUUUUGGAUUCCUGCAUGAAAAGUAUUAUGACCGUGUCCUUCGCUACCACCUGCCCUCACAGUCGUUAACAGAACUGCGGGAAAACGGUGCCAGACAGGUGGGGUGGGUCAUCCCCACCUCACGCUAGCACAGCAGACAGGAGGCUAGGAUGACACGUGUACUAGCUAGCUUGAUAGUUAACGACACUGUAUGCUAGCUUGCUAGCUAGAUCAUGGUGUCAUCCCCGCCUCCCGCCUUUUGUGUACUGGAGAAAACCGUGCCCGACAGGCGGGGGCUAAGGACACUGUCUACCAAUCGUGUCUGCUUGCUGUGUACCGGAGUCCUCCUUUGAACUAGCUGGCUAAGCGAGCACACACUGUCCUUCGCUCCCGCCUGCCUUCGCCAUCGUUAACAGAAUUGCGGGAUAAUGGUGCCCGACAGGAAGGGGUGAAGGACACUGUCUACGGUGUACGGCUGGAUAGCUACUGUUGUCAGUGUUGCCAACUCCUCACUAAGGAAAGUAGCUAUUGGCUGUCCUAAAAGUUGCAAGAAGUCGCUAAAUGACGUCAUCACCUAAUUAGCAUAAUUGGCCAUGUGCAUGUAAUUGUGAUGGAAGCUGUAGGAGAGAGGAAUAACGUUGUGAGUAACAAACACCCUACAUUUACAUCCUGCCCUGAAUGUGGCUUCCCGCAUGCGCGAUUCAUUUGCAAUCUGGACGCGGAGGGGUGAACAUCUCCUGCUCUGACCGUAGCUGGGAGGGACUGCUGCGCGAGGACUGGGCCGCCUGUGAGUGCUUUGGGACGAGGGUUGGGCCCACGGCAGCACCCGCUGCUCGUUGAGAAGAGUAAGAACGAUACGUGCUUUCACGUCAGUCUCCAAUAACACCAGAAAAAGUCGCUAGAUUUGUCGCUAGUCGCUUUUUUGAAAAUGGCGCUAGAGGGGUCUGAAAGCUAAAUAUAGCGACAAACUCGCUAAGUUGGCAACACUGACUGUUGUGUCCCCCGCCCCUUCUGUUGGGUUUAUCGGCAGCUGGGAUCCAGUGUUAUUGUGCAUUAACGCCACCUACUGUACUGGAGCACCCCCGCCUUCGACCUGUCCUAACUUGACCAAUAGAAGUAUGAAGAGGGGUUCCUGCAGAUGCAGGAAUGCCCACAUGCAAUUGCACCCUUCUCUUUCAUUUAGGCUACCCCGGCCACUUCAAUCACCCAAUAGCCUACUAUAUUAUUUUAUGAAAAAGCUCUCAUAGCCAAAUUGUCAAGACAAGUUGAUUUGAAAACCAUUGUCUAUAGUAGUUACAUUUAUAAUGUUCACUGAAUAACUUUUGAGUGUACUUAACAUAGGCCUACAUCUGGAAAUUAUUUGUUAAAUGUGUUCCCUCUGCACAUCUCUAAUUCAGAAGAACCCCACUGUAGGCCUACCUACACAUGUAUCAUGUGGCAUAGCCUUGGAAGUAAACAUGGUAGCCCAUCUCUUUUUCAAUUCUUUAUGCAGUUGACAUUGACGUGCUGAAAAACAAUAGUAAUUCCCUCAGGUUGUCCAUUCCAUGUGGGGGUGUAAUGAAGUUCGGGUUUAAGUGAAAAGAUGGUAAACCUUUUUAAUAUUAAGUCAUUGAGCUAUACAGUGACUCCGUUAGCUAAUUUAGGGAAUACAUGUACAACAUUUAUGAAACGUUUGUGUUGACAUGAUUCACAUGGUUGUUAGAAAUAGAGGAGCCUGUUUCAGGGUGAUAAGGAAGGCUUGAAGCCAAUAGUGUGUAAACAUCUAAAUAGUACUGUACUUAAAUUCUAUUGUAGUACUUGUUAACCCCCUCAAAAUGUCAGAAAUAUUUCAAGUUGACAUUGGUUUUUCGGUUAUGCUUGAAGGAAAAAACAAAGUUGUGAAAUCUGGCUAAAACAAUUGAGCGACUGUGUUGUUCAACAUCACUCAUCUGUGCAUGACUGGUGUAAGUGUCAUGCAUCAGUUGACUCAUUUCCAAUGAGAUCCUUUCUAGGUGGAUUCAACACAAUGAAAGUGAACAUGAAUUCUGACUUACUGAAACUGGUUUGAUGACAACCCAUGUAAUAGGGCUGGGAAUAUUUCUACAUUUCUUAAUUCCAUUCUUUUAGAUUUUUGUGUAUUGUUAGAUAUUAUUGCACUGUUGGAGCUAGGAACACAAGCAUUUAGCUACACCCGCAACAACAUCUGCUAAACAUGUGUAUGCAACCAAUAACAUUUGAUUAGAUUUUUUAUUUGAAUUGUCAGGGACCUCACGAUACGAUAUUUAUUGUGAUUCUCACGAUUCUAUAUGUAUUGCGAUUCAAUACUGUGAGUUUAUUGCGAUUCAUUGUUCCAAACAAAUUGCUCACCAUAUGUCUGCUGCAGAGGGACAAGAGGGAGAAUGAUAAAAUGAGUUUUGAUCAGUCAUGGAAAUAAAAAUGCUGAAAACAAAUUGGCUCCCUAUUUUAAAAAGAACCAUCUAUGAAGGAGUUUUAGUGCAGGUACAACCAUCUACCACAAAUAAUAUUGCGAUAUUGUCAAAAUAAUACGAUAUAACGUUUUUAAAAAAUCAUGAUAUGUAACUGUAUUGAUAUUUUCCACCAUCACUACCAUGUAAUGGAUCCUUCUAUUGUUCAAAACUGUGAAGAUGCGUGCUCUCACAGAGAACAAUACACAUUUCGGCACUGUAAUACUUUGCAAUAGAUAUGUUUUCACAUUAAAGAACACCAUGUUCUUACAUUGCUUGUUAAAUAUUUUUAAUAGACUGACACAUUAGGCCUAGAUAGUGGAAUUUCUUUGAGCACCUGAAGGUAUAUGUAAGGCCCAGCCUGUAUGUGUCUGAGGAGAGUGUUUUGUUUCCUCAUACUUUGUUUCCCCCCUGGUUACAGGAACAGGAGAUAUGGUUGCCAUCAUGAUUAGUCACAGACGGGGCAUGGAAAUUGUUGAGCUGAUCAGGCAAGGGAUUCCAGUCUCGAUGACCAUUGAGGUGGGCAAGCAGCAUGGUCCCUGGAUGAGCCACUACUCUGUGUUCUUCAUCUCCAUCUCCUUCUUCGUGGUAACAUCAGCCACUGUGGGCUACUUCAUCUUCAACUCGGCUCGCCGCCUCAACAGUGUUCGUCUACAAAACCUCAAACAGGUCAGACUCCAGUCUGUGGAACAAUGACAACAAUUAUUUACCCUCUGUAAACCAGAACUUGACAAACCAGUUUUACACAUUCCCACAAUGCUUGAUUUGGACUGAAAUAGGUGCCGGUACUCAUUUUGUGUGCUGGUACUGUGGUACCUCCCGAGUGGUGCAGCGGUCUAAGGCACUGCAUCUCAGUGCUAGAGGCGUCACUACAGACCCUGGUUCGAUUCCAGGCUGUAUCACAAUCCAUCCGUGAUUGGGAGUCCCAUACGGCAGCAUACAAUUGGCCCAGUGUCGUCCGGGUUUGGCCGGGGUAGGCCGUCAUUGUAAAUAAGAAUUUGUUUUUAACUGACUUGCCUAGUUAAAUAAAGGUUAAAUAAAAAUAAAUAUUUAGGUGCAGGAACUGCAGUAGUUUUAAGCUUAUAUUCUGUAAUAGGUGCAGGAACUCGAGCAGUAGACAAUUUGAGGUUCCGGUACUCAGCGCCAGUGAGCUCCUGCCCAAGUAAAGCACUGCAUUCCCAUGAUUGUUUUCACCAGUCAUGUUAAUCUCUAUUGAAUUGCCUCUAGGAGACAGGGAAAUAUAGUUGGUUUUGUGAUUGUUAGACAGGGAAGUUGACUGAACAUGAGGAUACCGUCAGUUGUAAGUUUUAAUGUCUAAACCUGAACAGUCAUAUUCAACAGACAUGUCCCAAGACUGCUAGCAAAUACACAAAUACUUGUUUGACAGUGACACCAGUCAGUGGUUUGUGCUGAAUUAGAAUGCUGCACCUACACUACCAGUCAAAAGUUUGGACACACCUAAUCAUUUCAAGGGUUUUUCUUUAUUUUUACUAUUUUUUACAUUGUAGAAUAAUAGUGAAGACAUCAAAACUAUGAAAUAACACAUGGAAUCAUGUAGUAAACAAAAAAGUGUUCAAAUCAAAAUAUAUUUUAUAUUUGAGAUUCUUCAAAGUAGCCACCCUUUGCCUUGAUGACAGCUUUGCACACGCUUGCCAUUCUCUCAACCAGCUUCACCUGGAAUGCUGUUCCAAUAGUCUUGAAGGAGUUCCCACAUAUGCUGAGCACUUGUUGGCUGCUUUUCCUUCACUCUAUGGUCUGACUCAUCCCAAAACAUCUCAAUUUGGUUGAGAUCGGGGGAUUGUGGAGCCCAGGUCAUCUGAUGCAGCACUCCAUCACUCUCCUUCUUGGUAAAAUAGCCCUUACACAGCCUGGAGGUGUGUUGGGUCAUUGUCAUGUUGAAAAUCAAAUGAUAGUCCCACUAAGCCCAAACCAGAUGGGAUGGCGUAUCGCUGCAGAAUGCUGUGGUAGCCAUGCUGGUUAAGUGUGCCUUGAAUUCUAAAUAAAUCACAGACAGUGUCAGCAGCAAAGCACCCCCACACCAUAUCACCUCCUCCAUGCUUUACGGUGGGAAAUACACAUGCAGAGAUCAUCCGUUCACCCACACCAAGUCUCACAAAGACACAGCGGUUGGAACCAAAAAUCUCAAAUUUGGACUCCAGACCAAAGGACACAUUUCCACCGGUCUAAUGUUCGUUGCUCGUGUUUCUUGGCCCUAGCAGGUCUCUUCUUAUUGGUGUCCUUUAGUAGUGGUUUCUUUGCAGCAGUCCCCUCUGAACAGUUGAUGUUGAGAUGUGUCUGUUACUUGAACUCUGUGAAGCAUUUAUUUGGGCUGCAAUUUCUGAGGCUGUUCACUCUAAUGAACUUAUCCUCUGCAGCAGAGGUAACUCUGGGUCUUCCAUUCCUGUGGCGGUCCUCAUGAGAGCCAGUUUCAUCAUAGCGCUUGAUGGUUUUUGCGACAUGAAGAAACUUUAAAAGUUCUUGAAAUUUUCCGUAUUGACUGUCUUAAAGUAAUGAUGGACUGUCGUUUCUCUUUGCUUAUUUGAGCUGUUCUUGCCAUAAUAUGGACAUGGUCUUUCACCAAAUAGGGCUAUCUUCUGUAUACCCCCCCUACCUUGUCACAACACAACUAAUGGCUCAAACGCAUUAAGGAAAGAAAUUCCACAAAUUAACGUUUAAGAAGGCACACCUGUUAAUUGAAAUGCAUUUCAGGUGACUACCUCAGAGAAUGCCAAGAGUGUGCAAAGCUGUCAAGGCAAACGGUGGCUAUUUGAAUAAUCUUAAAUAUAAAUAUAUUUUGAUUUGUUUACAUUUUACAUUACAUUUUAGUCAUUUAGCAGACGCUCUUAUCCAGAGCGACUUACAGUUAGUGAAUACAUAUUUUUUUUAUACUGGCCCCCCGUGGGAAUCAAACCCACAACCCUGGCGUUGCAAACGCCAUGCUCUAUCAACUGAGCUACAUCCCUGCCGGCCAUUCCCUCCCCUACCCUGGACGACGCUGGGCCAAUUGUGCGCCGCCCAUGAGUUUAGCACUUUGUUUGGUUACUACAUGAUUCCAUAUUUGUUAUUUCAUAGUUUUGAUGUCUUCACUAUUAUUCUACAAUGUAGAAAAUAGUAAAAAUAAAGAAAAACCCUGGAAUGAGUAGGUGUCCAAACUUUUGACUUGUACUAUAAGUAUUGAGACCCUUUGCUAUGAGACUCGAAAGUGAGCUCAGGUGCAUCCUGAGAUGUUUCUACAACUUGAUUUGGAGUCCACCUGUGGUAAAUUCAAUUGAUUGGACAUGAUUUGGAAAGACAAAUGCAUGUCUAUAUCACGUCCCACAGUUGACAGUGCAUGUCAGAUCAAAAGCCAAGCCAUGGUGUCGAAGGAAUUGUCUGUAGAGCUCCGAGACAGGAUUGUGUCGAGGCACAGAUCUGGGAAAGGGUACCAAAAAAUGUCUGCAGCAUUGAAGGUCCCCAAGAACACAGUGGCCUCCAUCAUUCUUAAAUGGAAGAAGUUUGUAACCACCAAGACUCUUCCUAGAGCUGGCCGCCCGGCCAAACUGAGCAAUCGGGUAGAAGGGCCUUGGUCAGGGAGGUGACCAAGAACCCGAUGGUCACUCUGACAGAGCUCCAGAGUUCCUCUGUGGAGAUGGGAGAACCUUCCAGAAGGACAACCAUCUCUGCAGCACUCCACCAAUCAGGCUUUUAUGGUAGACUGGCCAGACGGAAGCUACUCCUCAGUAAAAGGCACAUGACAGCCCGCUUGGAGUUUGCCAAAAGGCACCUAAAGACUCUCAGACCAUGAGAAACAAGAUUCUCUGGUCUGAUAAAACCAAGAUUGAACUCUUUGGCCUGAAUGCCAAGCGUCACGUAUGGAGGAAACCUGUCACCAUCCCUAUAGUGAAACAUGGUGGUGGCAGUAUCAUGCUGUGUGGAUGUUUUACAGCGGCAGGGACUUUUAGGCUAGUCAGGAUCGAGGGAAAGAUAAACAGAGCAAAGUACAGAGAUCCUUGAUGAAAACCUGCUUUAUAGCGCUAAGGACCUCAGACUGGGGUGAAGGUUCACCUUCCAACAGGACAAUGACCCUAAGCACACAGCCAAGACAACGCAGGAGUGGCUUCGGGACAAGUCUCUGAAUGUCCUUGAGUGGCCCAGCCAGAGCCCAGACUUGAACCCGGUCACACGCUCCCCAUCUAACCAAGACCAUUAUUCCUCCUCCAACAAACUUUACAGUUGGCACUAUGCAUUCGGACAGGUAGCGUUCUCCUGGCAUCUGCCAAACUUUUAUUCAUCCGUCAGACUGCCAGAUGGUGAAGCGUGAUUCAUCACUCCAGAGAACUCAUUUCCACUGCUCCAGAGUCCAAUGGUGGCGAGCUUUACACCACUCCAGCCGACGCUUGGCAUUGCGUAUGGUGAUCUUAGACUAACAGUUCUUGGGCUGACGUUGCUUCCAGAGGCAGUUUGGAACUCGUUAAUGAGUGUUGCCAACGAGGACAGAUAGUUUUUACGUGCUUCAGCUCUCUGCGGUUCCGUUCUGUGAGCUUGUGUGGCCUACCACUUCGCGGCUGAGCUGCUGUUGCUCCUAGACGUUUCCACUUCACAAUAACAUCACUUACAGUUGACCGGGGCAGCUCUAGCAGGGCAGAAAUUUGACAAAUUGAGUUGUUGGAAAGGUGGCAUCCUAUGACUGUGCCACGUUGAAAGUCUCUGAGCUCUUCAGUAAGGCCAUUCUACUGCCAAUGUUUGUUUUAUGGCGAUUACAUUUUACAAUUUUAUAUACCCGUCAGCAACGGGUGUGGCUGAAAUAGCCGAAUCCAAUAAUUUUAAGGGGUGUCCAGAUACUUGUGUAUAUAUAGUGUAUGUUUCACAAGUUUGGACAGUUCAGUGAAUAGAGCACAGUAAGAUUAUAGUCCAUUACAAUACAGUAGUACAGUAUAUUGUAUUGUACUGAACUCUACUCUACCCUACUCUGCUGUGCUGUAUUGCACUGUGAUGUCUAGACUUGUGAAACAUGAGAAUGACAUUCAUAUACAUAAUUAUGCAUUUCUGUGUAGUACAGAUCAGGGACCCAUGAUGAAAUUCCAUUACUGGGUGUUAAUCCACUUCACUUACUGUAGUUAAAUAACCAAAAGCUGAUUUUUAUUUUAUUUUUUAAACACAAAGUGUCAUGUUAUAGCUGACACCCCCAUCUUUGAAUCUGAAUUAGGAGCAUAAAUGUACGUUUUUGGAAAACGUGGUCGCAUAAAAACCUGAGGGAGAUUUUACCCAAAUUCCGUUACCAAAGUCUGCAUCUGCACAGUUCUUCCACUAAAUUAGUUUUUGUAAAUUUUUCUGUGGACAUUUUUAAAGUAGUCCUUGUGCAUGGAGUUGUUAAACUUUGAAAUCAACAGUAGUGGUGCAUGGGUAAAAUCACUGGGGAAGCCAAGCCAGGGAAAAGAAAGCCAUAUUGAUAAUUGCGUUGUUUGCUCUAUAUAACCUAUUAGUUGAUAUGCCUUGCUGCCAUGAUACAGUGCCUUCAGAAAGUAUUCAUACCCUUGACUUGUUCUACAUUUUGAUGUUACAGCCUGAACUCAAAAUGGAUUAAGUAGAUUUGUUUCUCUCACCCAUCUACACACAAUACCCCAUAAGGACAAAGUGAAAACAUGUUUUUAGAAAUUGUAGCACUUAAUAAUAAAAAAUAAAAAACAUAUCUCAUGUACAUAAGUAUUCACACCCCUGAGUCAAUACUUUUGUCAGUGAUUUACAGCAGUGCGUCUUCCUGGGUAAGUCUCAAGACCUUUCCACACCUGAAUUGUGAAACAUUUGCCCAUUAUUCUUUUCAACAUUCUUCAGGAUUUGUCAAAUUGGUUGUUGAUCAUUGCUAGACAACCAUUUUCAGGUCUUGCCAUACAUUUUCAAGUAGAUUUAAGUCAAAACUUUAACUUGGCCACAGGAACAUUUACUGUCUUCUUGGUAAGCAACUCCAGUGUAGAUUUGGCCUUGUGUUUUAGGUUAUUGUCCUGCUGAAAUGUGAAUUCAUCUCCCAGUGUCUGGUGGAAAGUAGACUGAACCAGGUUUUCCUCUAGGAUUUAGCCUGUACUUAGCUCCGUUCCAUUUCUUUUUCAUCCUGAAAAACUCCCUAGUCCUUAACGAUUACAAGCAUACCCAUAACAUGAUGCAACCACCACUAUGCUUGAAAAUAUAGAGAGUGGUACUCAGUAAUGUAUUGUAUUUGCCCCAAACAUAACUUUUUGUUCUGAAUACAACAUGUUAAUUGCUUUGCUACAUUUACUGCAGUGUUACUUUAGUGCCUUGUUGCAAACAGGAUGCAUGUUUUGGAAAAAAAUUAUUCUGGACAGGCUUCCUUCUUUUCACUCUGUAGUUACUCCACAAUACUAACCUAAAUGACAAUGUUGUUGAUCCAUCCUCAGUUUUCGCCUAUCACAGCCAUAAACUCGAACUGUUUUAAAGUAACCAUUGGCCUCAUGGUGAAAUCCCUGAGCGGUUUCCUUCCUCUCCGGCAACUGAGUUAGGAAGGACUCCUGUAUUUUGUAGUGACUGGGUGCAUUGAUACACUGUCCGAAGUGUAAUUAUUAACUUCACUAUGCUGAAAGGGAUAUUCAAUGUCUGCUUUUUUUUUUUUUUUUUUUACCCAUCUUUACCCAGCAUUCGAAAACCUCCCUGGUCUUUGUGGUUGAAUCAUCUGUGUUUGAAAUUCACUGCUCGACUGAGGGAUCUUACAUUUGUGUAGGGUACAGAGAUGAGGUAGUCAUAAAAAAAUCAUGUUCAACGGUAGUAUUGCACACAGAGUGAGUCCAUGAGUGAGCUUGCUCGCAAGCCUAACUAACAUUCAUGGGCAAUGUUAGCUAGUUAACAUUAGCCUUCUACAUCUAGCUACAUAUUGAACUUCUAUCCUCUCAGGCCAGGGGCACAACAAUGUAUGAAUUAAUGGUUGGAUCAGAAUCGGCGUUAUAAUCAUUGGCCAGUACAGAGAAUUAAGUAAAACCACAAGUCCAAAUCCCUAUCUCCAUCCAUGGCUGAUUUAAGAAAGGGACGAUUUUAGCUAGCUACCUAGCCACCGGAGGACAAUGACACAACGAGAUGCAGCAAUUCAACUUUUUUUCUGAUGUUCUGCUAUAGAUGUGAUGUGAUUGGUGUGAAGCCAAAUCCAAACUGUCUUACCUUGACACUUUUUUUAUUUAUAAUUUUUUUUGGGUGCGCCAGGACCAUUCACAGUUGAGUUCACUCAGUUUAGCUCAACGCUGUGAUUGGCUAUUUAUUUAUAGAUUUUUUCAAGGGAGGCCAAAUCCUCGCUGAUUUCCCUUGCAUUCAAUGCUAUGAGCGACAACAAUGUCAUACUCUUUUUGACCACACACUGAAAGAGGGGUGCUGUUUCGCUUGCGCAGAUGCUUUCGCCGGUGAGACGCAUUCGGCCUCCUGCGAAAUGAAGGAAAACAAUGAAAGAUACAUUAUUUUAUGUACGGGUGGUCCUCUGUAGCUCAGCUGGUAGAGCACGGCGCUUGUAACGCCAAGGUAGUGGGUUCGAUCCCCGGGACCACCCGUACACAAAAAAAAAAUGUAUGCACGCAUGACUGUAAGUCGCUUUGGAUAAAAGCGUCUGCUAAAUGGCAUAUUAUUAUUAUUAUUAUUAUUAUUCCUUUGGCAUCCAUGAGUACAUGCCACUAGAAAGCAAUGUUUUUUGUAUGGCAUACAUAUUAAAAGGGAAAAAAAUUGUCAGGUCUAUAUGGUCAGGUCUAUAUGGUGAAGUGUUUACUAUGGGCAGAAUGCUCAGCUCCACUCAAAAGGGAGCAUUUCUGUAAAACCUUCUGCUGCGCAAACAAGAUUGCAUCACAUUUUCAGCUUCCAGGAAUUGUGUACAGAUCUUUGCGACAUGGGGCUGUGCAUUAUCAUGCUGAAACAUGAGGUGAUGGCGGCGGAUGAAUGGAACGACAAUGGGCCUCCAGGAUCUCGUCACGGUAUCUCUGUGCAUUCAAAUUGCCAUCGUUAACAUGAUAUUGUGUUCGUUGUCCGUAGCUUAUGCCUGCCCAUACCAUAACCCACCGCUACGAUGGGGCACUCUGUUCACAAUGGGGCACCAUCUGCCUGGUACAGUUGAAGCCGGGAUUCAUCCGUGAAGAGCACACUUCUCCAGCGUGCCAGUGGCCAUUUGCCCACUGAAGUCUGUUACGACGCCGAACUGCAGUCAGGUCAAGACCCUGGUGAGAACGACGUGCACGCAGAUGAGCUUCCCUGAGACGGUUUCUGACAGUUUGUGCAGAAAUUCUUUGGUUGUGCAAACCCACAAUUGAAUCAGCUGUCCAGGUGGCUGGUCUCAGACGAUCCCGCAGGUGAAGAUGCCGGCUGUGGAGGUCCUGGGCUGGCGUGGUUACACGUGCUCUGCGAUUGUGAGGCCAUUUGGACGUACUGCCAUAUUCUCUAAAACGACGUCUUAUGGUAGAGAAAUUAACAUUGAAUUCUCUGGCAACAGUUCUGGUGGACAUUCCUGCAGUCAGCAUGCCAAUUGCACGCAAUCUGAUGUUUUUCCGUCCUAUAUACAAGCUGAUGUAAUGUUUCCAAUACAUGGUUUUAGAGGAGCGGCUUAAUGACACACAGUAGAACUGCUUUAAUGAACACUUUCCUCCCAGAUGUUCAAACGGAAUAAAAGGUCUCUAACAUGACCUCAUCGCUUACCGUUCUCCUGCUCACUCCUACUUCAAUCAUGUAUGGUCACAUUACAGGAAAUUAGAAAAAAAUAAUUGUUGGUGCAAAAUGUUGGCUAUGUUGGUGUUGCAUUUUAGACAUUAAAUAGUGAUUUUAUUUAUUUUUUGUUAGUUGUCUGUUGCUUAACCUAACGUAGCAGGCGUAAAAGAAACGGCUGAGCGGAGUCCCCACAUCCGGUUUUCAGGAACACAGUGUCUUCAACCUACCUUUCAUUUCCCCUGAAAACCAGAUGUUUCCGGUUGUCAGAGGAAGCAGAUGUAAUGUAAUGUAAUGUAAUGUAAUGUAAUGUAAUUUAAACAGCAGCCUGGUCACGUUCUAAUACUGAACAUGUUCUUUAAUCUACUCCAACAGAAACAGCUCAAGGCAGAGGCCAAGAAAGCUAUUGGUCAGCUGCAAGUCCGGACCGUGAAACAGGGAGAUGAGGUAAACAUGUUCAAGCACAGUUCAGAUGUGUUUAUGGUUAUUAUGCAUCACUUUUAGGAUCAUAUGCAAAAUAUGGGUGUUUCAAACUGGGAACACAUGGCAUAUACAAGUUCUACUGUGUGUUUUAUAGUUCUUUGUGACUAUAAUUUCAUAUUUAGUUUGUAUUCACCUCUGGGCUGCGCCUCCAAAAGAAAAAACAUUUUAAAGGUACAUAAAUACAAAGUAUUGAUCAUUAUGAUCAUAUUACAGAACAUUUAGUAUGUAAAGGAAAAUAAACAAGAAGUGAGCCUCUACUCCCAACAUCCCAUUCCCCCAACCCCACCCAUCCAACAUUUCCUCAUCCAACCUCCCUUCGAGGCACAGAUCUGGGGAAGGGUACCAAAAAGUUUCUGCCGCUUUGAAGGUCCCCAAGAACACCGUGGCCUCCAUCAUUCUUAAAUGGAAGAAGUUUGGAAUCACCAAGACUCUUCCUAGAGCUGGCAGCCCGGCCAAACUGAGCAAUCUGGGGAGAAGGGCCUUGGUCAGGGAGGUGACCAAGAACCCGAUGGUCACUCUGACAGAGCUUUAGAGUUCCUCUGUGGAGAUGGGAGAACCUUCCAGAAGGACAACCAUCUCUGCAGCAGUCCACCAAUCAGGCCUUUAUGGUAGAGUGGCCAGACGGAAGCCACUCCUCAGUAAAAGGGACAUGACAACCCGCUUGGAGCACCUAAAGACUCUCAGACCAUGAGAAACAAGAUUCUCUGGUCUGAUGAAACCAAGAUUGAACUUUUUUGGCCUGAAUGCCAAGCGUCACGUCUGGAGGAAACCUGGCACCAUCCCUACGGUGAAGCAUGGUGGUGGCAGCAUCAUGCUGUGGGGAUGUUUUUCAGCGGCAGGGACUGGGAGACUAGUCAGGAAUGAGGCAAAGAUGAACAGAGCAAACUACAGAGAGAUCCUUGAUGAAAACCUGCUCCAGAGCGCUCAAGACCUCAGACUGGGGCGAAUGUUCACCUUUCAAGAGGACAACGACCCUAAGCACACAGCCAAGACAAUUAAAUGCUUUUGUUCCUAGCUCCAACAGUGCAGUAGUAUUUAACAAUUCACAACAAUACACACAUCUGAAAGUAAAAGAAUGGAAUUAAGAAAUAUAUAAUUAUUAGGACGAGCAAUGUCGGAGUGGCAUUGACUAAAAUACAGUAGAAUAGUAUAGUACAGUAUAUACAUAUGAAAUGAGUAAAUCAGUAUGUAAACAUUAUUAAAGUGACUAGUGUUCCAUUAUUAAAGUGACCAGUGAUUCCAUGUCUAUGUAUAUGGGGCAGCAGCCUCUAAGGUGCAGGGUUGAGUAACGUGAUGGUAGCCGGCUAGUGAUGGCUAUUUAACAGUCUGAUGGCCUUGAGAUAGAAGUGUGAGAACAGAUGCUGGGAGACGAGAAGAAGGUACAGGGAGUAAACAUUUAAUAUAAACAAAGACAUGGAACAAAACACAGACAGCGUCUGGACAGGGGAAACGUAACAACGUCAAUGCUGACACGGGGAUCAAACAGAGGAACAGAAAUAGGGGAGGUAAUUAACAAAGGGAAGGAGUCCAGGUGAGUCCAAUGAGCGCUGAUGCGUGUAACGAUGGUGACAGGUGUGCGUAAUGAUGGGCAGCCUGGCGCCCUCGAGCGCCAGGGAGGGGGAGGGGGAGCGGGAGCAGGCGUGACAAGAAGCUGUUUUUCAGUCUCUCGGUCCCAGCUUUGAUGCACCUGUACUGACCUCACCUUCUGGAUGGUAGCGUAGGAACAGGCCAUGGCUCAGGUGGUUGAUGUCCUGGAUGAUCUUUUUGGCCUUCCUGUGACAUCGGGUGCUGUAGGUGUCCUGGAGGGCAGGCAGUGUGUCCUAGGUGACGCGUUGGGAAGACCGCACCACCCUCUAGAGAGUCCUGCAGUUGCAGGCGGUGCAGUUGGUGUACCAGGUGGUGAUACAGACCAACAGGAUGCUCUCAAUUGUGCAUCUGUAAAAGUUUGAGGGUCUUAGGGGCCAAGCCACAUUUUUUCAGCCUCCUGUGGUUGAAGUGGUGCUGUUGCGCCGCCUUCACCACACUGUCUGUGUGGGUGGACCAUUUCAGAUUGUCAGUGAUGUGUAAGCUUUCCACCUUACCUUCUCCACUGCGGUCCCGUUGAUGUGGAUAGAGACGUGCUCCCUCUGCUGUUUCCUUUAGUCCACGAUCAUCUCCUUCAUUUUGUUGACAUUGAGGGAGAAGUUAUUUUCCUGGCACCACUCCGCCAGGGCCCUCACCUCCUCCCUGUAUGCUGUCUGGUCAUUGUUGGGAAUCAGGCCUACUACUGUUGUGUCGUCUGCAAACUUGAUGAUUGAGUUGGAGGCGUGCGUGGCCAAGCAGUCAUGGGUGAAAAGGGAGUACAGGAGGGGGCUGAGCACGCACCCUUGUGGGGCCCCAGUGUUGAGGAUCAGCGAAGUGGAGGUGUUUCCUACCUUCACCACCUGGGGGCGGCCCGUCAGAAAGUCCAGGACCCAGUUGCACAGGGUGGGAUUCAGACCCAGGGCCCCAAGCUUAAUGAUGAGGGUACUAUGGUGUUGAAGGCUGAGCUAUAGUCAAUGAACAGCGUUCUUACAUAGGUAUUCCUCUUGUCCAGAUGGGAUAGGGCAGUGUGCAGUGCGAUGGCGAUUGCAUCGUCUGUGGAUCUAUUGGGGCGGUAUUCAAAUUGAAGUGGGUUUAGGGUGUGAGGUAAGAUAGAGGUGACAUGAUCCUUAACUAGCCUCUCAAAGCACUUCAUGAUGGCAGAAGUGAAUGCUACGGGGCGAUAGUCAUUUAGUUCAGUUACCUAUGCUUACUUGGGUACAGGAACAAUGGUGGAUGUCUUGAAGCAAGUGGGGACAGCAGACUGAGCUCUAUAUGGACAAUUCCUUCGACCUCAUUGCUUGGUUUUUGCUCUGACAUGCACUGUCAACUUUGGGACCUUUUAUAUAGACAGGUGUGUGCCUUUCCAAAUCAUUUACAAUCAAUUGAAUUUACCAUAGGUUGACUCCAAUCAAGUUUGUAGAAACAUCUCAAGGAAGAUCAAUGGCAAUAUACAGUGGGGGAAAAAAGUAUUUAGUCAGCCACCAAUUGUGCAAGUUCUCCCACUUAAAAAGAUGAGAGAGACCUGUAAUUUUCAUCAUAGGUACACGUCAACUAUGACAAACAAAUUGAGAAUUUUUUUUCCUGAAAAUCACAUUGUAGGAUUUUUUAUGAAUUUAUUUGCAAAUUAUGGUGGAUAAUAAGUACUUGGUCACCUACAAACAAGCAAGAUUUCUGGCUCUCACAGACCUGUAACUUCUUCUUUAAGAGGCUCCUCUGUCCUCCACUCGUUACCUGUAUUAAUGGCACCUGUUUGAACUUGUUAUCAGUAUAAAAGACACCUGUCCACAACCUCAAACAGUCACACUCCAAACUCCACUAUGGCCAAGACCAAAGAGCUGUCAAAGGACACCAGAAACAAAAUUGUAGACCUGCACCAGGCUGGGAAGACUGAAUCUGCAAUAGGUAAGCAGCUUGGUUUUAAGAAAUAAACUGUGGGAGCAAUUAUUAGGAAAUGGAAGACAUACAAGACCACUGAUAAUCUCCCUCGAUCUGGGGCUCCACACAAGAUCUCACCCCGGGGGGUCAAAAUGAUCACAAGAACGGUGAGCAAAAAUCCCAGAACCACACGGGGGGACCUAGUGAAUGACCUGCAGAGAGCUGGGACCAAAGUAACAAAGCCUACCAUCAGUAACACACUACGCCGCCAGGGACUCAAAUCCUGCAGUGCCAGACGUGUCCCCCUGCUUAAGCCAGUACAUGUCCAGGCCCGUCUGAAGUUUGCUAGAGUGCAUUUGGAUGAUCCAGAAGAGGAUUGGGAGAAUGUCAUAUGGUCAGAUGAAACCAAAAUAUAAUUUUUUGGUAAAAACUCAACUCGUCGUGUUUGGAGGACAAAGAAUGCUGAGUUGCAUCCAAAGAACACCAUACCUACUGUGAAGCAUGGGGGUGGAAACAUCAUGCUUUGGGGCUGUUUUUCUGCAAAGGGACCAGGACGACUGAUCCGUGUAAAGGAAAGAAUGAAUGGGGCCAUGUAUCGUGAGAUUUUGAGUGAAAACCUCCUUCCAUCAGCAAGGGCAUUGAAGAUGAAAUGUGACUGGGUCUUUCAGCAUGACAAUGAUCCCAAACACACCGCCCGGGCAACAAAGGAGUGGCUUCGUAAGAAGCAUUUCAAGGUCCUGGAGUGGCCUAGCCAGUCUCCAGAUCUCAACCCCAUAGAAAAUCUUUGGAGGGAGUUGAAAGUCCGUGUUGCCCAGCGACAGCCCCAAAACAUCACUGCUCUAGAGGAGAUCUGCAUGGAGGAAUGGGCCAAAAUACCAGCAACAGUGUGUGAAAACCUUGUGAAGACUUACAGAAAACGUUUGACCUGUGUCAUUGCCAACAAAGGGUAUAUAACAAAGUAUUGAGAAAUCUUUUGUUAUUGACCAAAUACUUAUUUUCCACCAUAAUUUGCAAAUACAUUCAUUACAAAUCCUACAAUGUGAUUUUCGGGAUUUUUUUUUCUCAUUUUGUCUGUCAUAGUUGACGUGUACCUAUGAUGAAAAUUACAGGCCUCUCUCAUCUUUUUAAGUGGGAGAACUUGCACAAUUGGUGGCUGACUAAAUACUUUUUCCCCCCACUGUAUAUUCUCUUGGCAUUCUCUCAACCAGCUUCACCUGGAAUGCUUUUCCAACAGUCUUGAAGGAGUUCCCACAUAUGCUGAGCACUUGUUGGCUGCUUUUCCUUCACUCUGCGGUCCAACUCAUCCCAAACCAUCUCAAUUGGGUUGAGGUUGGGUGAUUGUGGAGGCCAGGUGAUCUGAUGCAUCACUCCAUCACUCUCCUUCUUGGUCAGCCCUUACACAACCUGGAGGUGUGUUGGGUCAUUGUCCUGUUGAAAAACAAAUGAUUGUCCCACUAAGCCCAAACCAGAUGGGAUGGCGUAUCGCUCCAGAAUGCUGUGGUAGUGAUGCUGGUUAAGUGUGCCUUGAAUUCUAAAUAAAUCACUGACAGUGUCACCAGUAAAGCACCAUCACACCUCCUCCUCCAUACUUCACGGUGAGAACCACACAUGCAGAGAUCAUCCGUUCACCUACUCUGCGUCUCACAAAGACAUGGCGGUUGGAACCAAAAAUCUCAAAUUUGGACUCAUCAGACUAAAGGACAGAUUUCCACCGGUCUAAUGUCCAUUGCUCGUGUUUCUUGGCCCAAGCAAGUGUCCACUUAUUGGUGUCCUUUUAGUAGUGGUUUCUUAGCAGUAAUUCAACCAUGAAGGCCUGAUUCACGCAGUCUCCUCUGAACAGUUGAUGUUGAGAUGUCUGUUACUUUAACUCUGUGAAGCAUUUAUUUGGGCUGCAAUCUGAGGUGCAGUUAACACUAAUGAACUUAUCCUCUUAAGCAGAGGUAACUCUGGGUCUUCCUUUCCUAUGGCGGUCUUCAUGAGAGCCAGAUUCAUCGUAGCGCUUGAUGGUUUUUGCGACUGCACUUGAAGAAACGUUCAAAGUUCUUGAAAUUUUCCGUAUUGACUGACCUUCAUGUCUUAAAGUAAUGAUGGACUGUCAUUUCUCUUUACUUAUUUGAGCUGUUCUUGCCAUAAUAUGGACUUGGUCUUUUACCAAAUAGGGCUAUCUUCUGUAUACCACCCCUACCUUGUCACAACACAACUGAUUGGCUCAAACGCAUUAAGAAGGAAAGAAAUUCCACAAAUUAACUUUUAAGAAGGCACACCUGUUAAUUGAAAUGCAUUCCAGGUGACUACCUCGUGAAGCUGGUUGAGAGAAUGCCAAGAGUGUGCAAAGCUGUCAUCAAGACAAAGGGUGGCUACUUUGAAGAAUCUGAAAUAUAACAUAUAUUUUGAUUUGUUUAACACUUUUUUGUUUGCUACAUGAUUCCAUAUGUGUUAUUUCAUAGUUUGGAUGUCUUCACUAUUAUUCUACAAUGUCGAAAAUAGUAAAACAUAAAUAAAAACACUUGAAUGAGUAGGUGUGUCCAAUCUUUUGACUGGUACUGUAUAUAUAUACAUAUAUAUAUAUAUAUAUAUAUAUAUAUAUAUAUAUAUAUGUAUGUAUAUAUAUGUAUAUGUAUGUAUGUGUGUGUGUGUGUGUGCAACAUGUAAAGUGUUGGUUUCAUGAGGUGAAAUAAAAGAUCCCAGACAUUUUCCAUAUGCACAAAAAGCUUAUUUCUCUCAAAUUCUGUGCACAAAUUUGUUUACAUCCCUGUUAGUGAGCAUUUCUCCUUUGCCAAGAUAAUCCAUCCACCUGACGUGCGGCAUAUCAAGAAGCUGAUUAAAAAGCAUGAUCAUUAAACAGGUGCACCUCGGGCUGGGGACAAUAACAGGCCACUAAAAUGUGCAGUUUUGUCACAAAACACAAAGCCACAGAUCUUUCAAGUUUUGAGGGAGUGUGCAAUUGGCAUGCUGACUGCAGGAAUGUCCACCAGAGCUGUUGCCAGAGAAUGUUCAUUUUAUUGCACAAUUGCAUUUUAUCAAUGGCAAUUUUAAUGCACAGAGAUACCGUGACCAGAUCCUGAGGCCCAUUGUCGUGCCAUUCAUCCGCCGCCAUCACCUCAUCUUUCAGCAUGAUGAUGCACAGCCCAAUGUCGCAAGGAUCUGUACACAAUUCCUGGAAGCUGAAAGUGUCCCAGUUCUUCCAUGGCCUGCAUACUCACCAGACAUGUCACCCAUUGAGCAGGUUUGGGAUGCUCUGGAUCGACAUGUACGACAGCGUGUUCCAGUUUUUGCCAAUAUCCAGCAACUUCACACAGCCAUUUAAUAGGAGUGGGACAACAUUCCACAGGCUAAAAUCAACAGCCUGAUCAACUCUAUGCAAAGAAGAUGUGUCGCGCUGCAUGAGGCAAAUGGUGGUCACACCAAAUACUGACUGGUUUCUGAUCUACGCCCCUACUUUCAUUUUUUUAAGGUAUAAUUGAAAUUGUUGCAUGUUGCGUUUUUAUAUUUUUGUUGUGUGUGUGUGUGUAUUCCAUUAUUCUUACUGUAAACUAUUUGUGUGUUGACAGUUGUAGGGCAGGGCCUAUGAUGAUUCCAAGAUGGCGUAGCAGUGCGGUUGUGUAUUCUGUAGUGUGCUCGUGUAAAUAGCCAGUUUUUUUGUCUUUUUCAUAUAUAUUUCUCAAUCUCACUUUUCAUCCUUCAACUAAAUAUACUUUCCUGCAACCCACCUCACCCAAUGUGGAACGGAUUCUAUUAUUUCUUAUACCUUUUUAUUUAGAACCGGCUGAAACUAUUCCAGCUAGCCAGCUAACUAGCUACUUGCUAUUAGCCACCGUUAGCGGUUUUCACCAUUGUCCGUGGCCUGCACUACCUACCAGCCAGCUCUAGCCUGGACAAUUAUCGGCCAGUCUGCACAGCGCGCUAUCGACCCAGAACAUAUCGGAUUUUCUGCCGGAAUCACUGAAUCACUGGACCUUUAACACCGGAUCAUCGCAACUAGCUAGCUGCAACCGAAUGGAUGUUGUUGUUGGCUAAUCACCACUGUCCCGAAGCUAGCACCAGUUAGCCUUGAGCUAGCCUCGAGCCAGGCCAAUCUCCCGGCUAUCUACCUCUCUGUCAACCGAACAGGACCUCCUAGUGUCAACACGGAGCCCCGCCAAUCCAUCACGACUGGUCUGCCGACGUAAUCGCCUGAUGUGGUUUCAACAGGCUUCCCGUUGCGACGACCACGAAGAUCCACCUGCUAGCACCGGCCUGCUAGCACACUCAAUCAACAGCCGUGCCUCCUGCUCGCCUGUGCCGUAGCAGCCAUCGAACUUGCUCCCGGACUCACCUAUUGCUGUUCACUGGACCUUAUGAUCACUCAGCUACACAGCUGAUGCCUACUGGACUGUUCCUUUACACGGUACCCCAUACUGUUUAUCUGUUUAGCCUCAGCCCAAACUUUCGUCGCCAUUACCAGUUGUUGUCUUAGCUCUCUCGAAAAACACCUGUGAUUGCUUUAUGCCUCUCUCCCAUGUCAAUAUGCCUUGCCUAUUGCUGUUGGUUCUUAUUAUACAAUUUCACUGUAGAGCCCCCAGUCCCGCUCAACCUGCCUCAGAUAGCUCCUUUGUCCCACCCCCCACACACGCGGAGACCGGCUCAAUCGGUGCCUCCAGUGAUGCUAUCUCUUUCAUUGUUACCCAACGCUUAGGUUUACCUCCACUGUACUCAUAUCCUUCCAUAUCCUUGUCUGUACAUAAUGCCCUGAAUCUAUUCUACAACGCCUGGAAAUCUGCCCCUUUUUUUCUCUGUACCCAACGCACUAGAAAACCAGUUCUUAAAGCCUUUAGCCAUAUCCUUAUUCUACUCCUCCUCUGUUCCUCUGGUGAUGUAGAGGUUAACCCAGGCCCUGUAGCCCCCAGUACCACUCCUACUCCCCAGGCGCUAUCAUUUGUUGACUUCUGUAACCGUAAAAGCCUUGGUUUCUGGCAUGUUAACAUCAAAGCCUCCUCCCUAAGUUUGAGUUAUUCACUGCAUUAGCACACGCCACCAACCCUGAUGUUCUAGCAAUGUUUGAAUCCUGGCUUAGGAAGGCCACCAAAAACUCUGAAAUUUCCAUCCCCAACUACAACAUUUUCUGUCUAGAUAGAACUGCCAAAGGGGGCGGAGUUGCAAUCUACUGUAGAGCUAGUCUGCAGAGCUCUAUCAUACUAUCCAGGUCUGUGCCCAAACAGUUUGAGCUUCUACUUCUAAAAAUCCACCUUUCCAGAAAUAAGUCUCUCACUGUUGCCACUUGCUACAGCCCGCCCUCAGCCCCCAGCUGUGCCCUGGACACCAUAUGUGAAUUGAUUGCCCUCCAUCUAUCCUCAGAGUUCGUACUGCUUGGUGGUGACCUAAACUGGGAUAUGCUUAACACCCUGGCCAUCCUACAAUCUAAACUAGAUGCCCUCAAUCUCACACAAAUUAUCAAGGAACCUACCAGGUACAACCCUAAAUCUGUAAAUAUGGGCACCCUCAAAGAUAUCAUCCUGACUAAUUUACCCUCUGAAUACACCUCCGCUGUCUUCAACCAGGAUCUCAGCGAUCACUGCCUCAUUGCCUGCAUCCGUAAUGGGUCCGCAGUCAAAUGACCAACCCUCAUCACUGUCAAACACUCCCUAAAACACUUCAGCGAGCAGGCCUUUCUAAUUGACCUGGCCCGGGUAUCCUGGAUGGAUAUUGACCUCAUUCCGUCAGUAGAGGAUGCCUGGUUGUUCUUUAAAAGGGCUUUCCUCUCCAUCUUAAAUAAGCAUGCCCCAUUCAAUAAAUGUCUUAGUAAAUUCCGAACUAAGAACAGAUAUAGCCCCUGGUUCACCCCAGACUUGACUGCCCUUGACCAGCACAAAAACAUCCUGUGGCGUACUGCAUCGAACAGCCCCCGCGAUAUUUGCAACUUUUCAGGGAAGUCAGGAACAAAUAUACACAAUCAGUUAGGAAAGCAAAGGCUAGCUUUUUCAAACAGAAAUUUGCAUCCUGUAGCGCUAACUCCAAAAAGCUGCCCACUGCACUGAGGCUAGGAAACACUGUCACCACCGAUACAUCUACGAUAAUCGAAUAUUUCAACAAGCAUUUUGCUACGGCUGGCCAUGCUUUCCACCUGGCUACCCCUACCCCGGCUACCAGCUCUGCUCCCUCCGCUGCAACUUGCCCAUGCCCCCCCCGCUUCUCCUUCACCCAAAUUCAGAUAGCUGAUGUUUUGAAAGAGCUGCAAAAUCUGGACCCCUACAAAUCAGCUGGGCUAGACAAUCUGGACCCUUUCUUUCUAAAAUUAGCCGCCGAAAUGGUAGCAACCCCUGUUACUAGCUUGUUCAACCUCUCUUUCGUAUCAUCUGAUACCCCCAGAGAUUGGAAAGCUGCCGCAGUCAUCCCCCUCUGCAAAGGGGGUGACACUCUAGAUCCAAACUGUUAUAGACCUAUAUCCAUCCUGCCCUGCCUUUCGAAAGUAUUUGAAAGCCAAGUUAACAGAUCACCGACCAUUUCGAAUCCCACCGUACCUUCUCCGCUAUGCAAUGUGGUUUCCAAGCUGGUCAUGGGUGCACCUCAGCCACGCUCAAGGUCCUAAACGAUAUUUAUAACCGCAAUCGAUAAAAGACAGUACUGUGCAGCCAUCUUCAUCGACCUGGCCAAGGCUUUCGACUCUGUCAAUCACCGCAUUCUUAUUGGCAGACUAAAUAGCCUUGGUUUCACAAAUGACUGCCUCGCCUGGUUCACCAACUACUUCUCAGUUAGAGUUCAAUGUGUCAAAUCGGAGGGCCUGUUGUCUGGACCUGUGGCAUUCUCUAUGGAGGUGCCACAGGGCUCAAUUCUCGGGCCGACUCUAUUCUCUGUGUGUAUCAAUGAUGUCGCUCUUGUUGCUGGUGACUCUCAGACCCACCUCUACGCAGACGACACCAUUUUGUAUACAUCUGGCCCUUCAUUGGACACUGUGUUAACAAACCUUCAAACGAGCUUCAAUGCCAUACAACCCUCCUUCCGUAGUCUCCAACUGCUAUUAAAUGCUAGUAAAACUAAAUGCAGGCUUUUCAAUCGAACGCUGCUUGCACCCGCCCGCCCGACCAGAAUCACUACUCUCGGCGGGUCUGACUUAGAAUAUGUGGACAACUACAAAUACCUAGGUGUCUGGUUAGACCGUAAACUCUCCUUCCAGACUCACAUGAAGCAUCUCCAAUCCAAAGUUAAAUCUAGAAUUGGCUUCCUAUUUCGCAACAAAGCCUCCUUCACUCAUGCUGCCAAACAUUCCCUUGUAAAACUGACUAUACUACCGAUCCUUGACUUCGGCGAUGUCAUUUACAAAAUAGCCUCCAACACUCUACUCAGAAAAUUGGAUGUAGUCUAUCACAGUGCCAUCCGUUUUGUCACCAAAGCCCCAUAUACUACCCACCAUUGUGACCUGUACGCUCUCGUUGGCUGGCCCUCACUACAUAUUCGUCGCCAAACCCACUGGCUCUAGGUAAUCUAUAAAUCACUUCUAGGCAAAUCCCCGCCUUAUCUUAGCUCAUUGGUCACCAUAGCAACACCCACCCUUAGUUUGCGCUCCAGCAGGUAUAUCUCACUGGUCAUCCCCAAAGCCAACACCUCCUUUGGCCGCCAUUCCUUCCAGUUCUCUGCUGCCAAUGACUGGAACGAACUGCAAAAAUCUCUGAAGCUUGAGACUCUUAUUUCCCUCACUAACUUUAAGCAGUUGGCAGAGCAGUUUACCGAUCACUGCACCUGUACACAGCCCAUCUGUAAUUAGCCCACCCAACUACCUCAUCCCAAUAUUGUUAUUUAUUUUGCUAAUUUGCACCCCAGUAUCUCUAUUUGCACAUCAUCUUCUGCACAUCAAUCACUCCAGUGUUAAUACUAAAUUGUAAUUAUUUUGCACUAUGGCCUAUUUAUUGCCUUACCUCCAUAACUUACUACAUUUGCACACACUGUAUAUAGAUUUUCUAUUGACUGUAUGUUUUGUUUAUCCCAUGUGUAAAUCUGUGUUGUUGUUGUUUUUAUCGCACUGCUUUGUUUUAUCUUGGCCAGGUCGCAGUUGUAAAUGAGAACUUGUUCUCAACUGGCCUACCUGGUUAAAUAAAGGCGAAUACAUUUUUUUUUAUGUCUGCUAAAUGAACAAGUUGAUUUCAUUGGCAUGGCACAGCCAUAGCCUUGGCUACUAAGCACAGAUAAAUAAAACUCAAAACAUGCUAUUCUUUUCUAUUGAAAUAAAUUGUCUUAUGUGUUUUAUGACCUUCCUAAACUAAAUAUUAAUGUAUUUCUUUGUGAUUGUGAUUAACACUAGAAAGGCAGAGAGCAUCAUAAUGAUAAACUAAUUUAAAUGUUUAAUUACUCUGCCAUUUUUUAAGUCAUGUCCCCCUCACCUUGAUUAUUCCCAAAUAAGUUUUCCCAAAGUAUUCUUACUCCUUGACUUAUUCCACAUUUUGUUGUUACAGCCUGAAUUCAAAAUUGAUUAAAUUGAUUUCUCACCCAUCUACAGUGGGGAAAAAAAGUAUUUAGUCAGCCACCAAUUGUGCAAGUUCUCCCACUUAAAAAGAUGAGAGAGGCCUGUAAUAUUCAUCAUAGGUACACGUCAACUAUGACAGACCAAAAUGAGAAAAAGAAUUCCAGAAAAAUCACAUUGUAGGAUUUUUAAUGAAUUUAUUUGCAAAUUAUGGUGGAAAAUAAGUAUUUGGUCAAUAACAAAAGUUUCUCAAUACUUUGUUAUACAGUGGGGGAAAAAAGUAUUUAGUCAGCCACCAAUUGUGCAAGUUCUCCCACUUAAAAAGAUGAGAGAGGCCUGUAAUAUUCAUCAUAGGUACACGUCAACUAUGACAGACAAAAUGAGAAAAAGAAUUCCAGAAAAUCACAUUGUAGGAUUCUUAAUGAAUUUAUUUGCAAAUUAUGGUGGAAAAUAAGUAUUUGGUCAAUAACAAAAGUUUCUCAAUACUUUGUUAUAUACCCUUUGUUGGCAAUGACACAGGUCAAACGUUUUCUGUAAGUCUUCACAAGGUUUUCACACACUGUUGCUGGUAUUUUGGCCCAUUCCUCCAUGCAGAUCUCCUCUAGAGCAGUGAUGUUUUGGGGCUGUCGCUGGGCAACACGGACUUUCAACUCCCUCCAAAGAUUUUCUAUGGGGUUGAGAUCUGGAGACUGGCUAGGCCACUCCAGGACCUUGAAAUGCUUCUUACGAAGCCACUCCUUCGUUGCCCGGGCGGUGUGUUUGGGAUCAUUGUCAUGCUGAAAGACCCAGCCACGUUUCAUCUUCAAUGCCCUUGCUGAUGGAAGGAGGUUUUCACUCAAAAUCUCACGAUACAUGGCCCCAUUCAUUCUUUCCUUUACACGGAUCAGUUGUCCUGGUCCCUUUGCAGAAAAACAGCCCCAAAGCAUGAUGUUUCCACCCCCAUGCUUCACAGUAGGUAUGGUGUUCUUUGGAUGCAACUCAGCAUUCUUUGUCCUCCAAACACGACGAGUUGAGUUUUUACCAAAAAGUUCUAUUUUGGUUUCAUCUGACCAUAUGACAUUCUCCCAAUCCUCUUCUGGAUCAUCCAAAUGCACUCUAGCAAACUUCAGACGGGCCUGGACAUGUACUGGCUUAAGCAGGGGGACACGUCUGGCACUGCAGGAUUUGAGUCCCUGGCGGCGUAGUGUGUUACUGAUGGUAGGCUUUGUUACUUUGGUCCCAGCUCUCUGCAGGUCAUUCACUAGGUCCCCCCGUGUGGUUCUGGGAUUUUUGCUCACCGUUCUUGUGAUCAUUUUGACCCCACGGGGUGAGAUCUUGCGUGGAGCCCCAGAUCGAGGGAGAUUAUCAGUGGUCUUGUAUGUCUUCCAUUUCCUAAUAAUUGCUCCCACAGUUGAUUUCUUCAAACCAAGCUGCUUACCUAUUGCAGAUUCAGUCUUCCCAGCCUGGUGCAGGUCUACAAUUUUGUUUCUGGUGUCCUUUGACAGCUCUUUGGUCUUGGCCAUAGUGGAGUUUGGAGUGUGACUGUUUGAGGUUGUGGACAGGUGUCUUUUAUACUGAUAACAAGUUCAAACAGGUGCCAUUAAUACAGGUAACGAGUGUAGGACAGAGGAGCCUCUUAAAGAAGUUGUUACAGGUCUGUGAGAGCCAGAAAUCUUGCUUGUUUGUAGGUGACCAAAUACUUAUUUUCCACCAUAAUUUGCUAAUAAAUUCAUUAAAAAUCCUACAAUGUGAUUUUCUGGAAAAAAAUGCUCAAUUUGUCUGUCAUAGUUGACGUGUACCUAUGAUGAAAAUUACAGGCCUCUCUCAUCUUUUUAAGUGGGAGAACUUGCACAAUUGGUGGCUGACUAAAUACUUUUUUCCCCCCACUGUACAUGCACAUACAUAUGUAUGACAGAGAAACACUCUCUCACACUGCACAUGUUCACGCCAUGAUAUGUGCGAGAACUACUUGCGGUGUGCAUGUUUACGUGCACAUGCAUGUGCAUACAUGUACACACAAAUGCUUGCACAACCCAUGUAGUUCUCGCACAUAUCAUGGUUGUGGCCCUUUAGUUUUUCCAUGUCAGAUUUUAUUUGGAGAAAAGUCUUGGGAGGAUAAACAGUGAAUAAAUUACCACGUUAAAUAACAUCUCUUAUAAAUACAUGACACGUCCCUGGGCACCGCACACAGCACAUCGGCGAAGUUGUUGACAUAGUGGAUGAGUCGCUGAAUGUUCUCGUAGGACAGCACCUGUUUGCUGGCGAGAUGACCACCUCACCUCUUCUUCCUUGGAGCCACACCAUGUUCCUUGUAGAACUUUAUUAAUGCAGUCGGCUUAUCUGUAGAAAUUCUGAAACCAGAAAAGAAAUGAUUUAAAACAUGCCUUUUAAUAUGUGCUGAAAGGCACAAUGUAUUCUCAGCUCUUUUAUUUCUAUUCAUGAUACCUACUAGUCAUUCUUUCUUAAAUACCUCAUGAACGUUUUGAUACUGUUUCUGCCCCAAUAAUAACAAAAAACAUAGUUGUAUUACUCUUAAAGAAAACUUAAGCGUGUAGGAACUUGAAUGUUUCUCUGCAGAUUUGAUGGCUAUUAAGGAAAUAUGAUGUCCUCUGUAUUUUGAGUUGACCGUUUCCUUGCAGAGGUUCAUGGAACCAGCAAUCUUGCCAAUGAGCACCAUGUUUUUCAUCUGGAAAAAUAAGACCAAUAACAAUAUAAACUACUUUAACUUUCAGUCAUCGUCAUAAUCUAUUCUAGCCAAUACAUUUUCAAAUAAUAUCAACACACUUUCUAUAACGCACAAACGACACAUACCCUGCACUCAUUGAAAUGCAUGUGAAAACACACAAACAGUACACACACACACUUUUACUAGUAUUGUAAAUGAGUCAUGUUUGAUAUAAAGGUAUGUGAUAUCAUUAUUGAUGGCCAUUUCAUGCAUUUAUGUAACCUGUCAAUAGGACAAAUAUAAGCACCCACCACACACACCCUGGUCCCAUAAGUUACUAGCUACAUAGCUAGCUAGGUUGCAUGGGCUACACUUCUCCCUCGCUCUCUUUCUCCCAUGCCACACAUUCACACUCUCACACACACACACUUGGCUUUAAAACACCAGCUAGCUACUUAGUCUACUUGUACCGGCUAGCUACUUAGUCUACUUGUGCCUCAUCACACAAACACAGACACUGACAGAUAGACAGACGCAGAAACACGCAGUGGUGUAAAGUACUUAAGUAAAAAUACUUUAAAGUAAAUUUUUUGGGGUAUCUGUACAUUACUAUUGAUAUAUUGGACAACUUUUACUUUUACUUCACUACAUUCCUAAAUAAAAUAAUGUACUUUUUACUCUAUACGUUUUCCCUGACACCCAAAAGUACUUGUUACAUUUUGAAUGCUUAGCAGGUGUCACGAUCGUUUACGGAUGAGACGGACCAAGGCGCAGCGUGAUAAGCGUACAUAUUUAUUUAGUACUGAACACACGACAAAAACAACAAACAAACGAUACGUGAAGUCCAAGGUAGACUAAUAACAUACCUAUACGGAACAAGAUCCCACACAGACUGGUGCCAAACGGCUGCCUAAGGAUGGUCCCCAAUCAGAGACAACGAGCUACAGCUGCCUCUGAUUGGGAACCACCCUGGCCAACAUAGAUCUACACGAUCUAGACACUCAACAUAGAAAACUAAACAUAGAAACUACACACCCUGGCUCAACAUUUAAGAGUCCCCAGAGCCAGGGCGUGACAGCAGGACUGGAAAUUGGUCCAAUUCACGCAUAUAUCAAGAGAACAUCCCUGGUCAUCCCUACAGCCUCUGAUCUGGUGGACUCGCUAAACACACAUGCUUCAUUUGUAAAUUAUGUCUGAGUGUUGGAGUGUGCCCCUAGCUAUCGGAAAGUAAAAAAACAAGAAAAUGGUGCUGUCUGGUUUGCUUAAUAUAAGGAAUUUUAAAUGAUUUAUAUUUAACUUUUGAUACUUAAGUAUAUUUAGGCAAAUACAUUUACUUUCCAUACUUAAGUAUAUUUAAAACCAAAUACUUUUAGACUUUUACUCAAUUAGUAUUUUACUGGGUGACUUCACUUUUACCUUAAUAGAAAAUGACUCAAGGAUCUUCACUUUUACUCAAGUAUGACAAUUGGGUAUUUUUUCCACCACUGGAAACACACACACAUUACUCACUCACAUCCAACUAAACUUGACUAAUAGAUGAAUGGCAAGCACUUACUGUACCAUUAAUGAGUUGAUUAAUCUGGUCAUGUCUCUUGACCAUCUCCUUGGGGGUAAAAAGCAAAUAGCAGGGCUUCUCUUCAGGUGAACUCGUUAGCCUUUAAAAUUUCUGGUCCAGCAUUACUGACAUUCCCCUUCGACCGACUGAAGGACCGUAAUUGACAGAUCCAACAUUAACAGGUGGUCUUCCUCGGUUCCCACCUCAAGGGGCUCGGCCUCGACUUCGGUGAGCUCAUCUGAGUUGGUGUCUGUGCUAUCUGUGGUGUCUGCGCUAUCUGUGGUGUCUGCAGAGUCGCUGAUGGAGACGAACCUGCCACAACAAACCUGCCAAGAGAGGGCCGCCCACCAAAACUCACGGACCAGGCAAUGGGGGCAUUAAUCAGAGAGGCAACAAAGAGACCAAAGAUAACCCUGAAGGAGCUGCAAAGCUCCACAGCGGAGAUUGGAGUAUCUGUCCAUAGGACCACUUUAAGCCGUACACUCCACAGAGCUGGGCUUUACGGAAGAGUGGCCAGAAAAAAUCCAUUGCUUAAAGAACAAAAUAAGCAAACACAUUUGGUGUUCGCCAAAAGGCAUGUGGGAGACUCCCCAAACAUAUGGAAGAAGGUACUCUGGUCAGAUGAGAUUAAAAUUGAGCUUUUUGGCCAUCAAGGAAAACGCUAUGUCUGGCCCAAACCCAACACCUCUCAUCACCCGAGAACACCAUCCCCACAGUAAAACAUGGUGGUGGCAGCAUCCUGCUGUGGGGAUGUUUUUCAUUGGCAGGGACUGGGAAACUGGUCAGAAUUGAAGGAAUACAGGGAAAAUGUUGAGGGAAACCUGUUUCAGUCUUCCAGAGAUUUGAGACUGGGACGGAAGUUCACCUUCCAGCAGGACAAUGACCCUAAGCAUACUGUUAAAGCAACACUUGAGUGGUUUAAGGGGAAACAUUUAAAUGUCUUGGAAUGGCCUAGUCAAAGCCCAGACCUCAAUACAAUUGAGAAUCUGUGGUAUGACUUAAAGAUUGCGGUACACCAGCGGAACCCAUCCAACUUGAAGGAGCUGGAGCAGUUUUGUCUUGAAGAAUGGGCAAAAAUCCCAGUGGCUAGAUGUGCCAAGCUUAUAGAGACAUACCCCAAGAGACUUGCAGCUGUAAUUGCUGCAAAAGGUGGCUCUACAAAGUAUUGACUUUAAGGGGGGGUGAAUAGUUAUGCACGCUCAAGUUUUCAGUUUUUUUGUCUUAUUUCUUGUUUGUUUCAACCCAAUAUUUAGCAUCUUCAAAGUGGUAGGCAUGUUGUGUAAAUCAAAUGAUACAAACCCCCAAAAAAUCAAUUUAAAUUCAAGGUUGUAAGGCAACAAAAUAGGAAAAAUGCCAAGGGGGUGAAUACUUUCGCAAGCCACUGUAUGUAUGAUGGGUUUUUGACAGAUCUGAAGAGCGAGAGAGGGACAGUGUAGCCUGAGGUAAAAUUUUUGUUUCCCCGCGGAUGAUACACUACAGUAGCUUUGAUUGAGCAAACAGGAAACUCAUCCGGUUGAAUAGCCUAUUGCAGCUUGAUUCAAAAUGUAUAGCUAGCUAGUUUGUAAUUAAUUCAUGAUUUUGGAAUAGUGGAGGGUUUUGAUUGUGCAGGUAAGAUGGUCCCCCGAAAGCCUGAUGUGAUGUGUUACAAGCUAGCAUCCACCGAACUGAUGUGAAAGUGCUCUGUUAUGUUUCAUCCUACGUUUAUAAGAUAAAAAACUAUAUUUAUACUCAGAAUUUGGCAAUAAGACAUACAGAUCAUGAAAGCCAAGACAUUGUUUUGUUAAAACCAGAUAAACCCCCCAAACAGCGAUAAAUCUAAAUUGACAACACCAUGUAUAUGCAAAUUAGCCAUAGCGAUUUCUGACUAUGAUAGAGCGCGUCACAUAUAGCCUACAGUAACAAACUAAUGAACAGGUUAUGUUCUUCAAAUAUUUUAAUUUCGUAUUCUAAUGUUACCGAAGACCUUCAUAAACACAACCAAAUGACAUUGUCACAAAGGGGGGUCCAACGAGGCCAGGCUUUUCUAGUUAAAAAAUUGAUUUAUUAGACUGGCAGCUAUUGGUACUCCUCGAGGCCUGGCUAUUCUACUGUUAAAUUUGCAUACCGGAAUUUUGACCGUCAUGGCGUUGUGAGGAUGAAAUGCUCAAAGUUUUUGCAUUUUAUUAUAUUUAUCUCAAAGUACUGCUAGAGUGUAAAAUACACAUAUUUAGGAGAAGUCAGGGACAGGUGGUUUCAAGGAUUUUAUUGAAAUUAAAGUUAUUGAAAUUACAAAAUUGAAAACAGUCAGAUGGACCGUUUUGGCGGUUCUAGUGUCAAUACUUUCAAGCAAUAGUGGAUCUAAUUGAUUCAAAAAAAUGUAAUAGACCUCAGGGGGAAUACCAUCCCAUCCAGGUGAUUUGCCUUUAUUCAUGCUAUCCAAUGCUCUUUUGAGUUCAUUGAGAGAGAUUUGGGCUCCCAGCGAGGUGGCUUCCUCUGUUGAGAGAAGAGUUUACAAUCAGAAGUGUACAGUUCUUUAUAGAAGUGGGAGAAUCUUUGAUUAAUUUGGGUUAUGAUAGUAAUUCCUGAUUUACAAUCAGAAGUGUACAGUUCUUUAUAGAAGUGGGAGAAUCUUUGAUUAAUUUGGGUUAUGAUAGUAAUUCCCCUGUUUCAGAUUCAAUAGUUGCUGCAGGGCAUUCGGAAAGUAUUCAGACCCCUUGACUUUUUCCACAUUUUGUUACGUUACAGCCUUAUUCUAAAAUGUAUUAAAUUGUUUUUUCCCCUCAUCAAUCUACACACAAUACCCCAUAAUGACAAAGCAAAAACUGUUUUUUAGAAAUGUUUGCAAAUGUAUUAAAAAUACAAAACUGAAAUAUCACAUUUACAUAAGUAUUCAGACCCUUUACUCAGUACUUUUUGAAGCACCUUUGGCAGAGAUUACAGCCUUGAGUCUUCUUGGGUAUGACACAACAAGCUUGGCACACCUGUAUUUGGGGAGUUUCUCCCAUUCUUCUCUGCAGAUCCUCCCAAGCUCUGUCAGGUUGGAUGGGGAGUGUCACUGCACAGCUAUUUUCAGGUCUCUCCAGAGAUGUUCGAUCGGGUUCAAGUCCGGGCUCUGGCUGUGCCACUCAAGAACAUUCAGCGACAUUCAGAGAAGCCACUCCUACGUUGUCUUGGCUGUGUGUUUAGGGUCGUUGUCCUGUUGGAAGGUGAACCUUCGACCCAGUCUGAGGUCCUGAGAGCUCUGGAGCAGGUUUUCAUCAAGGAUUAUCUGUACUUUGCUCCGUUCAUCUUUCCCUCAAUCCUGACUAGUCUCCCAGUCCCUGCUGCUGAAAAACAUCCCCACAGCAUGAUGCUGCCAUCACCAUGCUUCACCGUAGGGAUGGUGCAAGGUUUCCUCCAGACGUGACAUUUGGGAUUCAGGCAAAAGAGUUCAAUCUUGGUUUCAUCAGAACAGAGAAUCUUGUAUCUUAUGGUCUGAGAGUCCUUUCGGUGCCUUUUGGCAAACUCCAAGUGGGCUGUCAUGUGCCUUUUACUGAGGAGUGGCUUCUGUCUGACCACUCUACCAUAAAGGCCUGAUUGGUGGAGUGCUGCAAAGAUGGUUGUCCUUCUGGAAGGUUCUCCCAUCUCCACAGAGGAACUCUGGAGCUCUGUCAGAGUGACCAUCGGGUUCUUGGUCACCUCCCUGACCAAGGCCCUUCUCACCCGAUUGCUCAGUUUGCCGGGCGGCCAGCUCUAGGAAGAGUUUUGGUGGUUCCCAGCUUAUUCCAUUUAAGAAUGAUGGAGACAACUGUGUUCUUGGGGACCUUCAAUGCUGCAGAUUUUUUUUGGUACCCUUCCCCAGAUAUGUGCCUCGACACAAUCCUGUCUCUGAGCUCUACGGACAAUUCCUUCGACCUCAUGGCUUGGUUUUUGCUCUGACAUGCACUGUCAACUGUGGGUCCUUGUAUAGACAGGUGUAUGCCUUUCCAAGUCAUGUCCAAUCAAUUGAAUUUAACCACAGAUGGACUCCAAUCAAGUUGUAGAAACAUCUCAAGGAUGAUCAAUGGAAACAGGAUGCACCUGAGCACAAUUUCGAGUCUCGUAGCAAAGGGUCUGAAUACUUAUGUAAAUAAGGUAUUUCUGUUUUUUUUAUUUUUAAUACAUUUGCAAAAACAAUAUAAACACUUGUUUUCAUUUUGUCAUUAUGGGGUAUGGUGUGUAGAUUGAGGAAAACAUUUAAUGUAAUCAAUUUUUGAAUAAGGCUGUAACAUAACAAAAUGUGGAAAAAGUCAAGGGGUCUGAAUACUUUCCAAAUGCACUGUACAUCAGCUAAUUGAUCAUUACUGCGUAGCUUGUUGGCCAGUAAAUGACUUGGACAAUUACCAUGAAAGUAAUGGUUGAGUCUAACUCGAUGGAUGUCAAAUUCUGCUCUCUGUCUUGUCAAUAAAUGUAAGUUCUGUCUUGACUUGGAAAGAGGGCUAGCUACUUGGUCUGAAAAAAGUGUUUGUUGAGAAAGCUCUAACGCAGUUAACAUUUCCAAUUCUGAUAUUUUCUUUAAUUGUGAUUUAUUCAACCCAAAUGCAAAUGCAGUUGCAUUAGUUUUAGUAAAAACUUUGGUGGCAUCCCAUAGAAUCCGGGGGUCACCGGCUGAAUUUUUAUUGAUGAUUAUGAGUGUAGGUUUUUGUAGUAAUGAAAUGUUGAAACAUCAUCGUGUGGCUCUUUUAUGAGAUUCUGACAUUUUAAUUGGCAGUAGUUGGCGUGGGGAUCGGACGAGCCCAUAUGUCAAAUUUCUGUUUUCUUAGUUUUAGAAAAUACAGGUGUAGAUAAUAAUAUAAAAUCGAUUUGGGAGCAUGUUUUAUGCCUUUUUGAGUAGAAAGCGUACUCAUUUGCAUUUGGAUUAUGUGCUCACCAGGCAUCAAUUACGUUUUGGUUGCGUGUGGAUUGUAGUUAGUCUUAUUAGAUUUGUCCUGCAUGUCCAAAAUGGCAUUCAUUAGUAAAGGCCAUUUUAUUUCCUUUAUGGAUACAUUUACUGAAAGUGAUUCUGCCUUCUUGGUCUUCGCCUUUACCUAAGAUGGUGAUUUUGAGUUUAUUAUGUAUCAUUCACCUUUAGUUUUGUUUGGGGCUGAUGAAAAAGCAGCCAGUUUGUACAAAUGGGUCUGCAUUCUAUGUGCAUGCUUAUGGAGCAGGUGUGUUUCUUGGAGUAUUGCUACAUCAAUAUGGUUUCUUUAUUUCUUUAUUUAUUAAAACAUUUUUGGGGGUAGAUCAGCUUUAAUAUUGCAGAUAGAUUGUAACUUCCAUCAAUGUAAUUGUCUGCAUCACUUCCAAUCCCCCAUAUGUUUUUUCUUCUUCUCGCAAAUAUACAGUGGGGAGAACAACUAUUUGAUACACUGUCGAUUUUGCAGGUUUUCCUACUUACAAAGCAUGUAGAGGUCUGUAAUUUUUAUCAUAGGUACACUUCAACUGUGAGAGACGGAAUCUAAAACAAAAAUCCAGAAAAUCACAUUGUAUGAUUUUUAAGUAAUUAAUUUCCAUUUUAUUGCAUGACAUAAGUAUUUAAUCACCUACCAACCAGUAAGAAUUCCGGCUCUCACAGACCUGUUAGUUGUUCUUUAAGAAGCCCUCCUGUUCUCCACUCAUUACCUGUAUUAACUGCACCUGUUUGAACUCGUUACCUGUAUAAAAGACACCUGUCCACACACUCAAUCAAACAGACUCCAACCUCUCCACAAUGGCCAAGACCAGAGAGCUGUGUAAGGACAUCAGGGAUAAAAUUGUAGACUUGCACAAGGCUGGGAUUGGCUACAGGACAAUAGGCAAGCAGCUUGGUGAGAAGGCAACAACUGUUGGCGCAAUUAUUAGAAAAUGGAAGAAGUUCAAGAUGACGGUCAAUCACCCUCGGUCUGGGGCUCCAUGCAAGAUCUCACCUUGUGGGGCAUCAAUGAUCAUGAGGAAGGUGAGGGAUCAGCCCAGAACUACACGGCAGGACCUGGUCAAUGACCUGAAGAGAGCUGGGAACACAGUCUCGAAGAAAACCAUUAGUAACACACUACACCGUCAUGGAUUAAAAUCCUGCAGCGCACGCAAGGUCCCCCUGCUCAAGCCAGCGCAUGUCCAGGCCCGUCUGAAGUUUGCCAAUGACCAUCUGGAUGAUCCAGAGGAGGAAUGGAAGAAGGUCAUGUGGUCUGAUGAGACAAAAAUAGAGCUUUUUGGUCUAAACUCCACUCGCCGUGUUUGGAGUAAGAAGAAGGAUGAGUACAACCCCAAGAACACCAUCCCGACUGUGAAGCAUGGAGGUGGAAAAAUCAUUAUUUGGGGAUGCUUUUCUGCAAAGGGGACAGGACGACUGCACCGUAUUGAGGGGAGGAUGGAUGGGGCCAUGUAUCGCAAGAUCUUGGCCAUACAACCUCCUUCCCUCAGUAAGAGCAUUGAAGAUGGGUCGUGGCUGGUUCUUCCAGCAUGACAACGACCCAAAACACACAGCCAGGGCAACUAAGGAGUGGCUCCGUAAGAAGCAUCUCAAGGUCCUGGAGUGGCCUAGCCAGUCUCCAGACCUGAACCCAAUAGAAAAUCUUUGGAGGGAGCUGAAAGUCCGUAUUGCCCAGCGACAGCCCCGAAACCUGAAGGAUCUGGAGAAGGUCUGUAUGGAGGAGUGGGUCAAAAUCCCUGCUGCAGUGUGUGCUAACCUGGUCAAGACCUACAGGAAACGUAUGAUCGCUGUAAACUGAAACAAAGGUUUCUGUACCAAAUAUAGUUUGCUUUAUGAUGUAUCAAAUACUUAUGUCAUGCAAUAAAAGCAAAUGAAUUACCUUCUUUAAAAAAUCAUACAAUGUAUUUCUGGAUUUUGUUUUAGAUUCCGGCUCUCACAGUGAAGUGUACCUAUGAUAAAAGUCAGACCUCUACAUGCUUUGUAAGAGGAAAACCUGCAAAAUCAGCAGGUAAUCAAAUACUUGUUCUCCCCACUGUAUAUACAUAUAUAUUUCACUUGAUUACUUUCCAACCCCACCACGCCUUCCAUAAUGAUGAAACUAUGAACAACAACGCUUAGGCCUCGACUUCCAGCUUAAACGACUAUAUACAUUUUAUGGACACAGUCAAUUUUACAAUAAUUAUAUUUUGUUUUUACUCCUGAACUUCCUCUACGCUCAACUUCUCCAAUCAUUUUCAUGAUGUCCAUCCGGUUUGCUUCUAUAUGUCAUAUCUUUCUUACUGUGCUCUUUCACAAAAGCUCUCAAACUAUAACCUAUAUACUUAUUAUGGACACAGUAUGCUUUACAUUAGUUAUCUUGUUGUUAUUAGUUGUUGUUAUUAGUCCCAUCCUUCAGCUCCAUUCAACACCUCCCAUCUAUCUCUUAACACCAUCCAUAUUGGAUUUCUAUUUGCCAUAUCUUUUUCAACUGUACUGUGAUGUUUCACAUAUGUUUUUUUGCUAGGAUAUCAAGACAGCUGGAAUGUUUGAUAGGACAAUUUAGUCCUUUCAAAUUCCAAGAGAGAAUAGCUAGUGUUGCCAUUGUUUUUCAGAAAUGAAUGUUAUAUUAAUGAUGUAAUUGUUAUCUUUAGUGUUUGUAAGCACAUGGAUGUGUAACAACAAUCAGGACCCACUGGGAAACUCACCCAUUGUUCGUUCCCCACCCAGAAAAUCCUCCUUGUAAACCAUUCAACCCCCUUCCAUAACCCCCACCCCUUCCCGGUUCCCCCGCCCUGCACUAUACAGGGUUGCAGCAUAACAGCGAAUGGCAGCCUUACACAUGAAGUCUCUUAAGCUGCAAAAUUUUUUAGGUCUUAAGGUAUUACAAAAUAAAUAAAGUAAAACAAGUAACCAUUUUCAGACCUUUACAGUUUAAUUAGCAGAUUUGAUGAUUAGGGUGGGUAAUGAAGAUAUACAGUAUUUAUAGAAGUGCAAGCCUAAACUGUCAAAUAGGAUACUGUAGCUCUUAUCCAGAGCGACUUACAGAUAGUGAGUGCAUAUAUAUAUAUAUAUUACUUUUUUUCAUACUGGCCCCCCGUGGGAAUCGAACCCACAACCCUAGCGUUGCAAGCGCCAUGCUCUACCAACUGAUGGUAAACAUAUUAUUAGCAAUAUGGUUUAUAUUACCUUAAACACAAAUUUGCCCUCCAUUUUUAUUAAGCGUUUAAGUGCUCCAUACUUCAGUGCCUUCAGAAAGUAUUCAUACCCCUUGACUGAUUCCACAUUUUGUUGUGUUACAGCCUGAAUUCAAAAUGGAUUAGAUAUAUAUUUUUCUCACCCAUCUACACACAAUAUCCCAUAAUGACAAAGUGAAAACAUGUUUUUAGAAAUGUUUGCUAAUUUAUUUUAAAAUGAAAUACAGAAAUAUCUAAUUUACAUACGUAUUCACACCCCUGGGUCAAUACAUGUUAGAAUCACCUUUGGCAGUGAUUUCAGAUGUGAGUCUUACUGGGUAAGUCUCUAAGAGCUUUCCACACCUGGAUUGUGUAACAUUUGCCCAUUUAUUAUUUUCAAAAUUCUUCAAGCUCUGUCAAAUUGUCAUUGCUAGACAAACAUUUUCAGGUCUUGCCAUAGAUUUUCAAGUAGAUUUAAGUCAAAACUGUCACUCGGCCACUCACAAACAUUCACGGUCUUCUUGCUAAGCAACUCCAGUGUAGAUUUGGCCUUGUGUUUUAGGUUAUUGUCCUGCUGAAAGGUCAAUUAAUCUCCCAGUGUCUGGUGGAAAGCAGACUGAACCAGCUUUUCCUCUAUGAUUUUGCCUGUGCUUAACUCCAUUCCGUUUAUUUUUAUCCUGAAAAACUCCCCAGUCCUUAACAAUUACAAGCAUACCCAUAACAUGAUGCAGCCACCACUGUGCUUUAAAAUAUGGAGAGUGGUACUCAGUAAUGUGUUGUAUUGGAUUUGCCCCAAACAUAACACUUUGUAUUCAGGACAAAAAGUUAAUUGCUUUGCCAAUUUUUUUGCAGUGUUACUUCAGUGCCUUGUUGCAAACAGGAUGCAUGUUUUGGAAUGUUUUUAUUCUGUACAGCACGUGUCAAUCACAAGGCCUGCGCAAUGAUUUGGGUUGUCAAUUCAUUUUGGCCCAUUCCAUACUGCCCCCGAUGCGCUGCACAACAAUUCACAGCAAGCACUGCCAACGUGCUGCACGCCAAACGGCAGUGCAUUGCCACACACACACCCCUCCUCCCAGACCCAGACCCACACACACACCCUCACACGAGCCAGCCAGUGCACUGUAUCAUAUCAUCGCUAAUGCCACUGACCGAAAGUUUAAAGGUGUUGUAGGCUAAAUGUCCAUGCCAAGUUUCAGUUCUAAUGGGUCAUUGGUUUAGCCUACAGAAAAUGUCAUCUUGAUUGUCAAAAAGUUGUAAGAUAAAGGAUUCACACACAGGUAUACAUUACUACUAAAGGACAAUAGGACACACAAGCGAGUAGAAAUUAGUCAACAGUUGAGUCAUCUACUUUAUGAAAUUACAGCCUGGUGCGCUCGCAUCAGUGAAUUCAAUGUCAAUUGCGCUGCUUUCCUGUGUCUCGUUUACAGCACGCAGCGGAGGGAAAGUGUACAGACACAUGCCACAGUCCUAGCUAGGCUACUAAAAUGUUGCAGUAUGGCUUCGGUUUUUAAAGCUUGACAAUGAAUAACCAAAAAACUAAACGUGCAACAAAACACCAUGCAAAUCCAUGCAGUGCAAAACAUUUUUUAAACAUGUUUUACGUUUAAAUGUUACAACAACCUAGCUACGUAUUUGUUAUUUGGAGUUAUUAAAUACUUUAAUUAGGGUCGCAGCAUAUUAUGCACAUCUGCAAGCAUAGUAGCAAAGGCUGGACAAAUAUUAUUUAUAUAUUUUGUUUUAAUAUGUUCAUAAGUAGACAUAAAGGGCCAUAUCUUUUCAAAUAAAAGAAUGGCCAGUUUGGGUCGCAGUUAUAUGCAUGUUUAUUUGUCUGGCCUGCAAAUUCGUUGUUCUUUCAAUAUGGGCCGUGCGCUGAUUGAGUUUGACACCCCUGUUGUACAGGCUUCUUUCUUUUCACUCUGUCAAUUAGGUUAGUAUUGUGGAGUAACUACAAUGUUGUUGAUCCAUCUUCAGUUUUCUCCUAUUAUAGCCAUUAAACUCUGUAACUGUUUUAAAGCCACCAUUGGCCAAUGGUGAAAUCCCUGAGCAGCUUCCUUCCUCACCGGCAACUGACUUAGGAAGGACGCCUGUAUCUUUGUAGUGACUGGGUGUAUUGAUACACCAUCCAAAGUGUAAUUAAUAACUUCACCAUGCUCAAAGGGAUAUUCCUAUCUACCAAUAGGUGCCCUUCUUUGCGAGGCAUUGGAAAACCUCCCUGGUCUUUGUGGUUGAAUCUGUGUUUGAAAUUCCCUGCUCAACUGAGGACCUUACAGAUAAUUGUAUGUGUGGGGUACAGAGAUGAGGUAGUCAUUAAAAAAUAUGUUAAACACUAUUAUUGCACACAGAGUGAGUCCAUGCAACUGAUUACGUGACUUGUUAAGCAAAUUUCUUGGAGAUGAAAUAUAUUUUACAUGUUGUCAACAAUCUAAGCCAACCCUGUCUGUUUUGCCCCAUAGUUGCACACACGUCGGUUUUGUUGCUUAACAACCAACACGUCUAUGGGGAACUGACUGUCUGUUUUUCCCCAGAAACCAUGGUAAUUAGUAUCAAAUUUUCCAUUCCUGAAAAAUGCACACAUAGUGGUUGCCUAGGACCACAGGCUCUUAUGAAGACUACCUGUAUGUAUGCUAGGGAUGUGACGAAUGGAAACAUUUUCUUAACGUUUAAACUGCCUUUUUUUUAAUCGGUUUUCCGUUAAAACUAUAAGAAAUUUCCAUGUGAAUUCACAAUGCAGAAUAUGGUCCUAUUACGUAUGGUGGUCCUAUUGCGUAUGACCGCUAGGGGGAAAGGAAGUUCUAUCUACUGCAGUCAUAGGCUGAAUCUCAACCUAACACUUGGCCCCACUCGAGUCUGCCGGUGCUUUGGCCAAAAUGAGCAUUGAGACGAUGCGCACUCGACGUCCCAACUGCCACUUAUCAAUAUUCCAAAAUUGUCUCCCGCGACUGGUCUUGUGCAUGACUCGCUCGCUAUGAAAUACGGGCACUGGGGCAAACACAGACGUGUACUCUGACAGACAGUGAGAAAGUUGUAAAAACAAAAUGACAUCUCUCUACUACUACUACCUACCAUUCAAGGGUUUUUCUUUAUUUUUUUUUAUUUUUUCUAUAUUGUAGAAUAAUAGUGAAGACAUCAACUAUGAAAUAAAACAUAUGAAAUCAGCUAGCUUGCUAAGGAUGAUGGGCACUGCACAGAUAAACAGUGUGUAGCUUGUCUCUAGUGAUCGGGGAAAAAAAUAGAUAGUUACAUAUCGCAAUAUGUUUUGACAAUUUUAUCGAUAUAAUUUAUUUGCUACUUGGCUGUACCUGCGCCAAAACUCCAGAAUUUUUCAUCCUAUAGCUUGUUCUCCAUCUUCUUAUUAAAUAGUGAGACAACAUAUUUUCAAACUUUUAUUUCCCUGACAGAUAACUUGUUUUCUCAUGCUCUCUCUUGUCUCUCUGCAGCAGAGUCAUAGGCUGAAUCUCAACCUAACACUUGGCCCCACUCGAGUCUGCAAGUGCUUUGGCCAAAAUGAGCAUUGAGACGAUGCGCACUCGACGUCCCAACUUAUCAAUAUUCCAAAAUUGUCUCCUGCAACAAAACCGCAGUAUCGAAUUGCAAUACAUAUAGAAUCGUGAGAAUCACAAUACAUAUCGUAUCGGCAAAUAAGUAUUGUGAUAUUGAAUCGUGAAGUCCCUGGCAAUUCCCAGCCCUUCUUGCAUCUUAUUUACGCUAGUUUGACAGCUUGCUGAUGAAGUUGUAGACAUGUUCCUAGCAGCCAGUCCAUACUUCAGUAUGUUUCCAAAGCACCAAUCGCUACGUUGUAAUGUUGGGUCAGCUAAAAGCACAGUGCAGCAGCAGACUCGAUGCUGUACUGACUUGGGGCAGAGCAGGCUGUUUGCUGCUUUCGCUUGCCUUUCUCAGCCAUUUUUCUCAGCCAACGUUAGAGCAUUGUUGCGUUAGGUAUUUUGUAUUUUUCCCUUUCUGAUAAUGAUUGCGACCUGUUAGUGGUAGUUCUGUAAUAACUGCACUGUGAUUUUAAUUUUGUCCCAAAAAAAUAAAAAUAAAUUGGUUAGGGAUUUUUUUUCUUAAUGUUAACAUCCCAAUUUCGUUUGAACGUUUAGACUUGUCACGAUAUCAACAUUUUACAAACAAUACGAUACCAGGCCAAGUAUCACGAUACCAAGUAGUAUCGCGAUACCACGGUGGAAAAAAAUCAGGUGCCUAGCAUCCUGUUCGCCCCGUCCCCCGGACGCUUGUUCACGUUUUCUAAACAUUCUCCAAAAACCUGUCACUGAAAUUCACACUUCUGCAGAGGCCGUAUCACUGUAAAUGCUGCACGGCCAAUGCAGAUGCCGAUUGACCAUGCAGUGCCUUUGAGGGCUGGUAGGGGAUGCAGCUGGCUGAUACACUGCCACAAGUGAUAUGCGCAUGAAUGUGAAGUGGAUAUUAAUGGACCUGUGCAUACAAGAGACUAGUGGCUGUUGCUUAAAUUCACCUGAAUGUAUUAACAAAACGGACUUUAAACAUUUUAUAACAGGUGCCAGCAGGUUCUUUUAGAUCGGUAGGGCUGAAAAUGUCGGUAGAAUCAUAUGAAACUGUACUACGGUAUUCAAAAAUGUUGUUAUCGUAAGUAUCAUGGUGUUUUGGUACCGUGAUAUUACCGUGGUACCGGUAUACCGUGCAACAAUAGUUUUAAACGUUCACACCCCCAAUGUAUGCUCAGUGCCACUACAAUGUAUUUUUAAACCUGUCUUUCAGGAGACUGGGCCUGAUGCUGACACCUGUGCAGUGUGUAUUGACGCUUACAAGUCUGGCGACGUGCUGACCAUGCUCACCUGCAAGUAUGUACCAAACUACAGCGGCUUUUAGCUUGUUUAAUUAAUUGUUUAAUAUUGACAAAUGGAGUAGAGUAGGCCUACCCGGUCUGCUAUUCCAACUGCCUUCAUUGUGUGAUUGUCAUCAUUAUUCUUAUUUGUUUCUUUUGUUUAACUUUCCAGUCAUUUCUUCCACAAGACCUGCAUUGAGCCCUGGCUAUUGGAGCACAGGACCUGCCCCAUGUGUAAAUGUGACAUCCUCAUGGCCUUGGGAGUAGAGGUAGGCAACUGCACCUUGCAGCAUGACACAGUACUUUGAAAUAAACUUUGACUGUCAUUCACUGAAGUUCUUGAUUAAAGACUGUUUUAGAUUAAACAUAGCAUUUACACUGCUAGUGGUUAUUGUUUAAGAAGAAUAGGCAAACAUGCUAGAUUGCUGUUCUCAAGGGUUGCAAGUUGAAACCUGUAGUGGGACCUGAAAUGGCUUUGUUUUUAAGAAAGUGAUGAUAUUCAUCUAUCCAACUCAAUCCCCCUGAGCAGCAGCCGGAGGUGGACCAGCCCAGUCAUCAGUUGACCAUGCAGCCAAACACAAGGUCCUACCCCAGGGUCCCAGUCUCAGAGGACACCCGGAGUGAGACAGCCUCCUCAGGCUAUGCCUCUGUACAGGGUACAGAGGAGCCCAGCAGCCCAGCAGAAGAUACACACAUGUAUGAGAGUAAGACACACAAAAUAGUUUUUGAUAGCUUUUUCACAUAAUAAGCGUUGUCUAUAGAGAUAAGGGGGAGUCAUUUUGUUCAGUUGGUAGUGGUACCUCUGUGUGGGUUCUUUGGAAGAUGCUGGCUUUCACGUUAGCUCGAUAAUAUGUCCUGAAGCCCUUGCUCAAGACAUACCGUGUGAAUUUUGCCACCCAUAUUUGAAUUAUAGUGGUUAGAUAUUCCCAUUAAUGAAUUUUUCAAAUACUAUUUUUGUUUAGUUAGUUUGAUUGCUGCAAGUAGAUAUCAACAAGUCCACUACAAAGUCUAUCCCUGAUCAAACAACUAGUAUUGUUGUUACUGUCUGGGGUUAAAGUGCCUCCUUUCCGUCUCCCUCAUCUCUAUUUAGCUUGCCUAUCCAUUGACAUCUGUAUGAGUGAUUGUGCCAAAGUAAAUAUUGACCAGCAGGCUGGUUUUUGUACUGUUUUCUAGCAGCACAUGUGGGGCUUGACUGACUGGUAAUGAUGUUCCUGUUGCAGCGUUGGGGCGCCAUCCUGGCCCAGGGUCAAUCCAGGUGGACAUCGUCCAGCCCCAUUAUGACAACCUUGCCUUUGAGGGCAACUCAUGA